CUCCGCGAGAUUUUGUCAUUCUUCGCUCGCACCUCACAAACGAUCGACGUCUUGGUUUCAGUCUCGGGGAUUAUGACUUGAAACAGUUUGAAAAUAGAUAUUUUUUAAAAGAAUAUACAUAUAUCUAUAUCUAAACGCACCACACGGUACAGAUAUAUGUAUACGUUCGCAGCCAUUUCGUUCGCCUAGAGUCCUGCACAUACGCAAAUAUAUAUAGAACGUCGAAAGGAUAACGCAAUUUCGACAAUUUAAAGAAGCGACCAAAGAGAGAUAAAUAUAUAUAGAAGUAUAUCAAGUGAAGAAGCAAAUCAAAGAAAGAGUGAUCGCGAGGUGUUCAAUUCUACAGUGCAGUUCAUUCUGCAGCGAUUUGGUUGUCAUUUUAAAUGAUAUAUAGUGAUAUAUAACGCAGCAAAAUGCAACGACAAAAUCCGAACCCGUACCAGCAGCAGCAGCAGCAGCAGCAGCAUCAGCAGCAGCAGGUGCAGCAGUACUCCACCCAGGAGUACUCGCACUCCAGCCAGGAGCAGCACCAGCAGCAAAGGAUUAGCCGCACCGAGCAGCACGUCCAGCGCAGCCAAUUUACCACCCAACGGCAAGUGCAACAAGUUCAAGGUGGCAGCAUCGGAGGUGGCGCCUACGUGCCGCCCUCGCUGACACACGUGUAUGCCCAGGGAGACAUCUCGCCGCCCGUCUUCGAGCAGAUCUUCAAGAACGCUCGCUUCGCCCAGGGCGGCAAUGCCCUGUUCGAGGGACGGCUGCGUGGCAACCCGAAGCCAUUCGUGACCUGGACCCGGAAAGGCGCACCCCUUCUCGAGUCGCAGAAGUUCCGGAUGAGCUACAACGAGGCCACCGGCGACGUGUCGCUUCUGAUCAAUCAGAUUGGACCCGGCGACGAGGGCGAGUACACGUGCACGGCCCGCAAUCAAUAUGGCGAGGCCAUCUGCAGCGUCUACAUUCAGCCGGAAGGAGCACCGAUGCCCGCCCUGCAGCCCAUUCAGAAUUUGGAGAAGAACAUCUACUCGAACGGGUAUUCGUAUACCUCUAUUGAGGAGGAGUUCCGUGUGGACACCUUCGAGUAUCGGCUGUUGCGAGAGGUCUCGUUCCGUGAGGCCAUCACCCGUCGAUCUGGCUACGAGCAGGACACCCUGCUCUCGCAGGAGCUGGAUCGCAACCAGGGUCCUGCCCAGGCGCCGCAAAUCUCGCAGAAGCCGCGCAGCUCCAAGCUGAUCGAGGGAUCCGAUGCCGUGUUCACCGCACGCGUGGGUUCCAACCCGAAGCCACGACUAACCUGGUUCCAUAAUGGCCAGCGUUUGGUGGCUUCGCAGAAGUACGAGAUCUCCUACUCGAGUGGCGUGGCCACGUUGCGUGUGAAGAAUGCCACGGCUCGCGAUGGCGGUCAUUACACUCUGCUGGCCGAGAAUCUGCAGGGUUGCGUGGUUUCAUCCGCCGUGUUGGCCGUGGAACCCGCUGCGGAAACCGCCUACGAGCCGAAACCCGUGGACGUGAUGGCCGAGCAGCUGGAGGCGGGCAAGGCAUUGCCACCUUCGUUUGUGAAGGCUUUCGGAGAUCGCGAGGUCACCGAGGGUCGCAUGACCCGUUUCGAUUGCCGUGUCACCGGCAAUCCCUAUCCCGAGGUCUUCUGGCUGAUCAAUGGCCGUCAAGUGCGCGACGAUGCCUCGCACAAGAUUCUGGUCAACGAGUCGGGCAGCCACUCGCUGAUGAUCACCAAUGUAACGCGAUUGGAUGCCGGAGCAAUCCAAUGUCUGGCCCGCAACAAGGCCGGUGAGGUGGCCAUCGAGGCGCAGUUAAAUGUGCUGGAAAAGGAACAGGUUGUCGCACCACAAUUUGUCCAACGUUUCAGCACAAUGACUGUGCGCGAGGGUGAGCCGAUCACCAUGAGCGCCAAUGCCAUUGGAACUCCGCAGCCACGUAUAACCUGGCAGAAGGACGGCGUCCAGAUCUCGUCCACCGCCGAGCGUUUUGUGGGCAUCGAUGGUGGAGCCACCUGCCUGGAGAUUCCACGCGUCAAUGCCGGCGAUGCCGGCUGGUACCAGUGCACCGCCCAAAACAUCGCUGGAUCCACGGCCAAUAGGGCCAGGCUGUAUGUUGAGGUUCCCAGGGAACAACCAAACUACGAGCAGCGUCGUCUCAAUCUCCCGAGACCAACGAAAGUCAUCGAGCCAGAACCCAUUCCUGGCCCUGAAAUCAUUUACCUGCGCCACGUUGAGCGCGCCAAGCCCCAUCUGCGACCUGGUGAGGAGGAUCGCGUCUAUCCGCCACCUCAGUUUAUCAUCCCGCUGCAGAAUGUGCAGCAGACCGAAGGUGGCCGCGUCCACAUGGAGGCACGCAUCGAACCCGUCGGCGAUCCCACCAUGGUCGUCGAGUGGUAUCUCAAUGGACGUCCGCUGGCAGCCAGUGCCCGCGCAACAUCCGUCUUCAAGUUCGGCUUUAUUGCACUCGAUCUGCUGAGCAUCAUGGGCCACGACUCCGGAGAGUACAUGUGCCGUGUGAGCAACGCCAGUGGAGUGGCCGAAUCCCGUGCAAUUUUGUCCGUGGUGCAGCGCCCCUCCAUCGAGCAAUCGUCGCAGAACCCCAACAGUCUGCAGUACAUCAACCAGCUGGAGGAUUACUCGCGCUACCAGCGCCAGGAGAGCACCGAGGAGCAACUCAAUCAGGCUCCGCAGUUCAUUCGCCCACUCCGUGAUCUCGGAGAGUUCGAGGAGGGCAAGAAUGUGCACUUUGAGGCUCAGGUUACACCUGUAAACGAUCCCUCCAUGCGAGUGGAGUGGUACAAGGAUGGACUUGCCAUUACGGCCAGCUCCCGCAUCACCGCCAUUUUCAACUUCGGCUAUGUCUCCCUCAACAUCUUGCACCUGAGGGCCGAAGAUGCUGGCACUUAUACCGUGCGGGCGGUGAAUCGUAUUGGAGAGGCCAUUAGUCAGUCCACAAUCCGUGUUCAUUCACGCUCCCAAGUCACUGCUGAUCUGGGUAUUCCCGAGCAGCAGCGUUAUAUCGAGAAGGUGGAGGAACUAGAAGACUAUCGCAAGUCCCAGCAACGUCGUCAUGUUCAGGAGGCUGCCGAGGCAAUUGCCCCGCCGCAGUUUAAGACACCCAUCCAAAACCAGUUGGAUCUGCGUGAGCACGCGCAUGCGCACUUUGAGGCGAGACUUGAACCCAUCGGAGACUCCACCAUGCGCGUGGAGUGGCUGAAGGAUGGACAGCCUCUAGAGGCCAGUUCCAGGAUCACCACCUACCACAACUUCGGCUAUGUGGCGCUGACCAUUAAGCAGCUGACCAUCUAUGAUGCCGGCAUCUACACCUGCCGUGCCUACAAUGCCAUGGGUCAGGAUACCACCGUGGCCCAGCUGACUGUGAUCUCCAAGAACGAAAUCGUCUCGGAGUCCCAGCACCCGGGCGGUUUACAAAAGAUCCAGCAUCUGGAGGACUCAUCUCGCUACGGACGUCGCGAGGAGGAGGAGACCUACAUCACCCAGGCUCCCCGAUUCCUUGGUCCCCUGAAGGGUACCACCAAAAUCCUUGAGGGACAGCGUGCUCACUUUGAAGCCCGUGUCGAACCUCAGAGUGAUUUGGGUCUGGUGAUCGAGUGGUACCACAAUGGUCGCUCCAUCACCGCUGCUAAUCGCAUCCAGACCUACUACGACUUUGGCUAUGUUGCCUUGGAUAUUUCCCAAGUGCGCGCCGAAGACGCUGGCGUCUAUCUCGUGGUGGCCAGGAAUAAGCUAGGUGAAGCUCAGCAGCAAGCAACGAUGAUAGUGGAAACUCGUUCCAGUAUCGACACAUCUAGCAUGCACCGUGGCCUGUACGAAAAGACCCAGAACCUGGAGAACAAGCCAUUCGUGGAGCCUCAGUAUGACAUCGAGGAGAUCUCCAAGUCCAAGCCGGUGUUCGUGACACCCUUGAGCGAUCCCAAGCCCAUCCAUGAUGGCAAGAACAUCCAUUUGGAGUGUCGCCUAGAACCAAUGGGUGAUCCCACCAUGCGCGUCGAGUGGUUUCAUAACGGACGCCCCGUAACUGUGGGUUCCCGCUUCCGCACCUACUAUGACUUUGGUUUCGUUGCCUUAGACAUUAUCAAGGCCACAGCCGCCGAUUCUGGGGAGUACACGGUGAGGGCCACCAACCAUUUGGGUUCGGCCCACACUUCAGCCUGCGUGCGUGUGAUUGAUCACACGGAUGUUGUGACCGAGACCCAGAACGAACAAUCACUGGAGCAGAUCCAACUGCUCGAGGAUUCAAGGCGCCGCCAUCACCAUGAGGAGGAUAUCACUAUCAUGCAAGCACCCCAGUUUACCAGAGGUCUGCACAACAUCGAAACUAUUGAGGGCACCAAUGUGCACUUGGAGUGCCGUCUGCAACCCGUGGGAGAUCCCAGCAUGCGCAUUGAAUGGUUCGUCAAUGGAAAACCUGUUAAGACAGGCCACCGUUUCCGUCCCGCUUAUGAGUUCGAUUAUGUAGCCCUGGAUCUCCUUGGCUGCUAUGCCAUCGAUUCGGGUGUAUAUACCUGCCAGGCCAGAAACCAACUGGGUGAAGCCGUCACCUCAUGUUCCGUUCGCAUCAUCGCCAAGAACGAUCUGAUUUUGGAGACACAGAACGAGUCGGGUCUACAGAAGAUCCAAUAUUUGGAGGAUUCGACCCGUCAUCGCCGCAGCGAGUUCGUAGACGAGGUGGUCAACAUUCGUCCUCGAUUCCUCACCCAUCCCAAGAGCUUGACCAAUACCCGCGAGGGUGGUCACGCCCACUUCGAGUGCAAGAUCGAGCCGGUAACUGAUCCUAAUCUGAAGGUGGAAUGGUUUAAGAACGGUCGUCCCAUCACCGUGGGACACCGCUUCCGUCCCAUCCACGACUUCGGCUAUGUGGCUUUGGACAUUGUGCACUUGAUUGCUGAGGAUUCGGGUGUGUACACUUGCAGGGCCGUUAACCUGAUCGGCUCUGAUGAAACCCAAGUGGAAUUGCAAUGCCGUAGCGGUGAGCAGAUUGUUACUGUCACCCAAAACGAGGCUGGCCUGGAGCAGAUCCACUACCUGGAAGACCGCUCGCGCUACACCCGCCGUGAGGAAAUCGAUGAGAGCACUAAGCAGGCUCCGGUGUUCACCACUUCGCUGAAGAACGUUGAGAUCAAGGAGAACCAGAGGGCUCAUUUCGAGUGCCGUCUGAUUCCCGUUUCCGAUCCGUCCAUGCGCGUGGAAUGGUACCACAACAAUUUGCCGCUGAAGUCUGGUUCUCGUUUCACUGAGACCAAUAACUUUGGCUUUGUGGCCUUGGAUAUUAUGUCCACCCUCCCCGAAGAUGCCGGCACUUACACAUGCCGUGCUUUCAAUGCCGUGGGUGAGGCCAUCACCUCCGCUGUGGCAGUUGUGCACACCAAGAAGUCCAUAUAUCUGGAGUCUCAGCACGAGACCGCUUUGCCUCGUCUGCAGCAUUUGGAGGAUGGCUCCAAGCGUCAGCGAAUCAGCGUUCAGGAGGAGUUCGUGUCCCAGGCACCUGUCUUCACCAUGCCGGUGAGGGAUGUCCGUGUGGCUGAAAACCAGGCGGUGCACUUUGAGGCUCGCUUGAUUCCAGUGGGAGAUCCCAACUUGAAGGUGGAAUGGCUGCGCAAUGGUCAACCCAUUGAAGCUUCGAACCGCACCACCACCAUGCACGACUUUGGAUAUGUUGCUCUGAACAUGAAGUAUGUGAAUCCCGAGGACUCCGGCACCUACACCUGCCGCGCUGUCAACGAACUCGGUCAGGCGGUGACCUCCGCCUCGCUCAUUGUUCAAUCGAAGACGUCCAUUCAGCUGGAGACCCAACACGAAGCUGCCAUGCACAAGAUCCACCAGCUGGAGGAUCAUAGCAGGUACCAGCGCAGGGAGGAGGAAGAGUACACGGUGACCACCGCCCCAGUGUUUGUUACCAAGUUGAUUGGACCAAGCAAUUUGGUUGAGGGACAGAGUGCCCACUACGAGUGCCGCAUUGAACCCUAUCCGGAUCCCAAUCUUAAGGUGGAGUGGUUCCAUAACGGCAAACCUUUGAGCACUGGUCAUCGCUUCCGUACCACCUAUGACUUUGGAUUUGCCGCCCUGGACAUCCUGACCGUCUACGCGGAGGAUAGUGGCGAGUACACUUGCCGAGUGACCAACAACCUGGGCGAGGCCGUCAACUCGAUUGUUUUGAACGUGACUUCGCGCUCAUCUAUCAUUCAUGAGACCCAGCACGAGGAGGCAUUGACUAAGAUCCAGCAUCUGGAAGAUAGUUCGCGUUUCCAGAGGAAGACCGACGAGGAGCAGUUCCAUGCUGAACGCCCGCAGUUUGGACGUCCAUUACGUAAUGCCAAGGUCAACGAGGGAACUCCCGUCCAUCUGGAGGCCACUCUGAUCCCCGUUAAUGAUCCCACCAUGAAGGUGGAGUGGUACUGCAACGGUAGACCCAUACAAACUGGUCACCGCUUUAAGACCACCUACGAUUUUGGCUUCGUGGCGUUGGAUAUUCUGUAUGCCCAUGCCGAGGACACCGGCACCUACAUGUGCAAGGCCAAGAACGCCAUUGGAGAAGCUGUCACGACUUGUGCUGUAAACGUAACAGCAAACAAGACACUCGACCUGGACACCUUGGAUGCUCAGCGUUUGGAGAAGAUUCGCCAGCUAGAGAGUUAUGCGCCUCCCACUAAACCCGUGGUGGAGGAGAAGGGCCAGAAGCCCAUUUUCCUGACUCCGCUGAGCAACCUGGAACAUCUGAAGGAGGGCGAACACGGCCAUUUGGAGUGCCGAGUGGAGCCGAUCAACGACCCCAACCUAAAGAUCGAGUGGUUCUGCAAUGGAAAGCAACUGCCCACCGGUCAUAGAUACCGCACCACCCACGAUUUCGGCUACGUUGCUUUGGACAUCUUGUAUGUCUAUGGUGAGGAUACCGGCACCUACAUUUGCAAGGCCACCAAUCAAUUGGGUGAGGCUGUAAAUACAUGCAAUGUGCGCGUGCUGAACCGUCGCAGCAUGAUCCUGGACACCCAGCAUCCCGAUGCUUUGGAGAAGAUCCAGAAGCUGGAGUCGAAGGUGCCGAAUGCCCGUACUGAGGUUGGAGACACUCCCAUUAGUCCACCUCAUUUCACCGCUGAACUCCGUGGUUCUACCGAAAUCUACGAAGGCCAGACGGCCCACUUUGAGGCCCAGGUCGCUCCAGUUCACGAUCCCAACUUGCGCAUUGAAUUCUAUCACAAUGGCAAGCCCUUGCCCUCUGCCUCUCGCUUCCACAUCACCUUCGAUUUUGGAUAUGUGUCCCUGGACAUCACCCACGCUGUGGCCGAAGACGCCGGAGAAUAUUCCGUGCGUGCUGUUAACGCUUUGGGUCAGGCUGUAUCAUCCACUAGUCUGCGUGUGAUUCCGCGUGGUACCAUUAUUUCGGACACCCAGCAUCCAGAGGGUCUGGAGAAGAUCCGCAAGCUGGAGUCGAUGGCGCCUCAUCAGCGCCAGGAGCCAGAGACCCCUGGCACUCGCCAGCGUCCAGUGUUCACUCAACCUCUUCAGAACAUCGAUAGGAUCAAUGAGCACCAGACGGCUCAUUUCGAGGCGCGCUUGAUUCCCGUGGGUGACCCCAACCUAAAGGUGGAAUGGUACCGCAACGAGAAGGUCAUCGAGGAUAGUUCCCGUAUCACCAAGCAACACGACUUUGGUUUUGUGUCGCUUGAUAUCUCGCACAUCCGCAAGGAGGAUGAGGGCGUGUACAUGUGCCGCGCUGUCAAUCCUCUGGGAGAGGCCGUAACCACUGCUUCCAUGCGUGUGGUAUCCGAGGCCAGCAUCCAGAUGGAUACCCAACAUCCCGACAGCAUCAGUCGCAUCCAUCAGUUGGAGAAACCUGUGGCUCCGCGUCCCAGCGAGCCAGAGCGUCUAUUUGAGAAGCCCAUAUUCACCCAACUGCUCACUGGACCUUCAGAGCUGUGGGAGGGUACUCAUGCCCACUUCGAAGCACGUGUUGUGCCCGUGGGUGAUCCUUCGCUUAAGUUCGAGUGGUUCAUCAACGGAGUUGAACUGCAAAUGGGCUCUCGACUGCGCACCACCCACGACUUUGGCUUUGUCACUUUGGACAUUACUGCUGUGGUGCCCGAGGAUGCCGGUGUCUACAUGUGCCGUGCUUAUAAUGCCGCUGGUGAGGCUGUCUCCUCCACUGCCAUGAAGGUUAAGACCAAGUCUAAUAUCGAUGGUCAGCCUUUGAUCCCGGAGUCUUGGGAGGCUAUUCGUCUGAAGGAGGCAGCAAUGAACCGUGUGCCUGAGAUGUUUGUGGACUCGACUCCUCAGCAGGCUCCGGUCUUUACCACCCAUCUGCAGAGCUACGACAAGCUGCAUGAGGGUCAACAUGUCCUCUUGGAAGCCCAAGUGGAGCCUCGUGCGGAUCCUAACCUGCGCAUUGAGUGGUUCAAGAAUGGUAUUUCUCUGACCACUGGCUCCCGCAUCCGCAGCACCUUCGACUUUGGACUGGUUACACUUUCCAUCAACGGAUUGCGUUCGGAUGAUUCGGCUAUUUACACCUGCAAGGCCACAAACCAGGUGGGCGAGGCAGUUUCGACUUCCUCUCUCAAGAUCGAAGAUCGUCACUGGCUUCAGGCCGAAUCUUUGCAUCCGGAUUCGUUGCCUCGUAUUGGAGAGCUGGAGGCACCCAAGGAGGGACGUCCAGAAGCUCCAGAGCCUACUUACGAAACUCCGGUGUUCAUUACCCAUCUGAACAACAUAGAGUGCAAGGAAAGCGACAACGUGCGCUUUGAAUGCAACGUUGAGCCAGCUCGUGAUCCCACUAUGUCGAUCGAAUGGUUCUACAAUGGACAGCCACUGCAGGCUGCUGCCAAGUUUAAGUCCAUCUAUGACUUUGGCUAUUGCGCUUUGGAUCUGACCAACUCUUAUGCUGAGAACAGCGGUGUGUACACCUGCAAGGCCACCAACAGCAAGGGAUCUGCAACGACCUCGGGCACCCUUAAGUGCACUGGCGGAAAGACCAUGUUCCUGGACACCCAGCAUCCGCAGGGUGAGGCAGGUCUCGAGGCCGUUCAAGAAACUGAGGAGGAGCUGGCCAAUCGCUACACCAGCAAGUCCACCAAGCCCGAAACGCAAUACCCACCACCAGUAUGGACUAAGCCACUGCAAGCUGAAUUCCAUCUGUCGGAGGCUCAACCCAUCCAUCUGGAAGCCAACGUCGAACCCAAGGAGGAUCCCAACUUGUUCAUCGAGUGGUACUUUAACGGCAAGAUGCUGCAGCAUGGCUCUCGUUUCAAGAUGACCAGCGAAUUCGGCUUUGUUACCAUGGACAUGAUUGAGGUUUAUGCCCGCGAUCAGGGCAUCUACACUUGCAAGGCUUAUAACAAGGCUGGAGAGGCCUUUACCUCGACUACCAUCUUCUGCUCGAGCAAGGAGAGCAUCAUCGAGUCUACCCAGCACCCGAAGGGAGCCGAGGGCUUGGAACAGAUCCAGGACCUGGAGGACUCUCUACGCAAGGAUGGCUCAAAGCCGGAACAACCCGAUCUGGGUAUCCCACCACGCUUCACCACCGAGUUCGUUAACAUCGCCGACAUCGGUGAGGGUGAAUUGGCUCACUUUGAGGCCAAUCUUAUUCCUGUUGGAGAUCAGAGCAUGAUCAUCGAGUGGUUCUACAAUGGUAAGGUGCUGGAAGCCAGCCAUCGUGUGCGUACCAUCUACGCUUUUGGCACGGUCGCUUUGGAAGUUCUUGGCACCAAAAUCGAGGACACCGGCACCUACACUUGCCGUGCGACCAACAAGCAUGGAACUGCUGAGAUCAGCUGCAACCUGGAGUGCGUCGACAAGCCAAGGGGCCAGAAGCCGCGCUUUACCUCCCACAUCCAGCCGCUGCAGGGCCUGAAGGACGGUCAGUCGGCUCACUUUGAGUGUACUCUGAUCCCUGUCAACGAUCCGGAACUAAAGGUGGAGUGGUAUCACAACGGCAAGCUGAUGCGUCACUCCAACCGCAUCAAGACCGUAUCCGACUUUGGUUACGUCGUCUUGGAUAUUUCCUAUCUGCAGGAUCAUGACAGUGGAGAGUAUGUGUGCAGGGCAUGGAACAAGUACGGUGAGGACUUUACCCGCACCACCCUCAAUUGUGGAGGACGUGGUGGAGUGUUCUACGACAGCUUGCAGCCGGAUUCGCUACAGAGGAUCAGGGAGCUAGAGUGCCCACAAGGAAAGCAGGCAGACACUUCCGCUCCUCUGGUUGCUGAACCACCCAAGUUCAUUACCCAGAUCGUCGAUGUCACCAAGCUUGUGGAGGGUCAGUCUGCUCACUUUGAAGCGCGUUUGACUCCAAUUACCGAUCCCGAUUUGGUAGUGGAAUGGUACUUCAAUGGCAAGAAACUGCCACACGGUCACCGCUUCCGCACUUUCCACGACUUUGGAAUCGUCAUCUUGGACAUCCUGUACUGCUACGAGGAGAACUCCGGAGUGUACGAGGCCAGGGCUUAUAACAAGUACGGUGAGGACACUACACGUGCCUCGCUUAAGUGCGCCUCAAAGGCAAGCCUUAUUCUGGACUCCCAGCUGCCGCGAGGCAUGGAGGGUGGUCUUGAGAAGAUUGCCAACCUGGAGUACAGCAUGGUGCGCACUCGCGAAGAGACCACCGAAGAGACAAAGGGCAAGGCUCCUGUCUUUACUGUACCGCUGGAGAACAUCGACAAUCUACGCGAGGGUGAGAAUGCUCACUUUGAGGCUAGGAUCACGCCUGCCGAUGAUCCCAAGCUGAAGGUCGAGUGGUACUGGAACGGACGUCCAUUGAAGGCCGGUUCCCGAUUCCGUACUUUCUGCGACUUUGGCUUCGUCAUUCUGGAAAUUUCUCCCGUUUACCCUGAGGAUUCCGGCGAGUACUCUUGCCGAGCUAUCAACGAAUAUGGUGAGGCUGUGACCACUGCCACCAUGAAGAUCCAGGGCAAGCGCAGCAUCAUCAUGGAAUCUCAGUUGCCUAAGGGCAUGGAGGGAACUAUCGAUCGCAUUGCUGAACUGGAGGGUUUGGGCUCCCGCAGCACCGAAUUUGUGCCAGAUGAUGAUACUGGCAAGCCGCCAGAGUUCAUCACAACACCCUUCGACAUGGUUAUUGGGGAAAACGCGCUGGCUCACUUUGAGUGCCGCCUGCAGCCGAUCAACGAUCCAUCGAUGCGUGUGGAUUGGUUCCACAAUGGCAAGGCCUUGUGGGCUGGCUCCCGUAUCAAGACCAUCAACGAUUUUGGCUUCGUAAUUCUUGAGAUCGCCGGUUGUUAUCAGCGCGAUUCGGGAUUGUACACUUGCAAGGCUACGAACAAACAUGGCGAGGCUACGGUCUCUUGCAAGUUGCAGGUCAAGGGUCGCCAGGGUAUCGUCAUGGAGCCCCAGCUGCCUUCCAACUUCCGCACUGGCACUGAAAGCCUGCAGAAACUGGAGGAGAGCAUGCACAAACGUGAGGAGCUUGUGAUCGAUGAGGAGCAGCCCAAUCCACCAAAGUUCACCGAGGACAUCAAGGACAAUCUGGAUGUGCCCGAGGGUGGUCCAGUCCACUUUGAUUGCCGUGUAGAGCCUGUGGGCGAUCCCACCAUGCGUAUUGAGUGGUUCUACAACGGUCAUGUCAUGGCCACCGGAUCACGGGUCCACCAGCUCAAUGACUUUGGUUUUAUUGCUUUGGAUGUUGACUACAUCUACGCCAGGGAUUCGGGAGAGUAUACUUGUCGGGCUACCAACAAGUGGGGCACUGCCACCACUACCGCCAAGGUCACCUGCAAGGGCAAGCACAAUAUUGUGUACGAAUCGCAACUGCCCGAGGGCAUGACCUCCGAAAAGUUGAAGGAGCUGGAACGCGGUCGCAUCCCAGAGGCCCCGAAGGUGGUUGAAGAGGAGUUUGGACCACCAAAGUUCACCACGCAGAUCACUUCUGUGACUGUCGAUGAAGCCGAGGCCGUGCGGUUCGAGUGCCAGGUGGAACCCAAGACAGAUCCCAGUCUGCGUGUGGAAUGGUAUCGCAAUGGCAAACCCCUGCCCUCUGGACAUCGUUACAGGAACAUCUUUGACAUGGGCUUUGUUUCUCUGGAUAUUUUGUAUGUCUAUGGAGAGGACUCCGGAGAGUACGUGUGCCGUGCCAUUAACAACCAUGGCGAAGAUCGCACCAGGGCCACUGUUUCCUGCAAGAAACUUCCCACAAUUUUGCUGCAAAACCAAGUACCUCGCGGCAUGAAGCGUUCGGACGCACUGACCCAAAUGGAGGCCACCAUCAAGAAAUAUACCUCCGAGGUCCAUUUGACCGAGGACGAUCUCUUCGAUCCCGAUCGCAAGCAGCCUCCUCGCUUUGUCACCCAGAUCAAGGAACAACUCACUCUUACCGAGAUGGCCGUGACCAAAUUCGAAUGCCAGCUGGCUCCUGUGGGAGAUCCCAACAUGAAGGUGGAAUGGUUCUUCAAUGGCAAACCCUUGCUGCACAAGAACCGCUUCCAGCCCAUCUAUGAUUUCGGUUAUGUGGCCAUGAACUUUGGCUGGGUUUACCCCGAAGACAGUGGAGAGUACGUGUGCCGUGCCACCAACUUGUACGGCAAGGAUGAGACUCGUGCCUUCAUUAAGGUUUCUGGCAAGCCAGGCAUUGUCUACGAUUCCCAGCUGCCCGCUCACAUGCAGAGCAUUGACCGCAUUCGUGAAAUGGAAGCUUCAUGGCAAGUGGUGCCAGAUGAGGUUGAUCCCGAUGCCAAGCCCAGAACCAAGCCGGUCUUUGUGAGCAAACUGGAGCCCCAGACUGUGGAGGAGGGCGAUUCAGCUAGAUUCUGUGUCCGUGUCACUGGACACCCACGACCCAGGGUUAUGUGGCUGAUCAAUGGGCAUACUGUUGUACAUGGUUCUCGCUACAAGCUGACCAACGAUGGCAUGUUCCAUCUGGAUGUCCCGAAGACACGUCAGUAUGAUACCGGCAAGGUGGAGGUGAUUGCCCGAAACUCUGUGGGCGAAUCCAUUGCCACCACUGAACUGAAGGUUGUUGCCCGUUCGGACGAUUAUCGUAAUGUGCUGAAGAACUCGCCACGUCCGUGGUAUGAUUACGAACUAGCCGCAUAUCAGAAGGAGCGACAGGAGAAUGAACUAGAGAAGGUGUUCGACGAGCGUAAACAGGUUCUUUCCGAGCAGAGCUCCCACAACCUGAAGGGCGUCGAGCAUCUGAAGCCCAAGCAAUACAAGCCGCCCACGCCCGACUGGCAGCAAAAUGUCAAGGCCAAGAAGAGCGAGGAGUACUACAACAAGUUGCAGUCACUGGAAACAGAGCAGUUGCUGAAGGAGACUAACCUUCGUAGGGAUAACCAUCAGUAUGCUAUUCCCGGCGAGAAGGUCGUGAGCAGCUCACAGGCCAAGGGAAUGGCCCAGUCUUAUGAGGAAAAUCUUCAAGAAAAAACUAGCACCACUCAGGUGGUGGCUGCUCCACCCAAGGGCACCGCCGAUCCUUCGGAAUCUUCUGUUCACGGUCGCGAGGUUCAUAUGAACAAGCAGCAGCAGGUGCAGAAGGAGAUCCAGGGUGACCUUGAGAUCACCCGCAAGAUCACCGCCACCGAGACCACCGAGGUGGAGCACAAGGGCACCAUUCAGGAGCGCGUUGUCCAGGGACCUGUGAAACCGUCCAAGGCUCCAGUCUUCACUAAGAAGAUUCAGCCCUGCCGCGUCUUUGAAAACGAACAGGCUAAAUUCGAAGUGGAGUUCGAUGGCGAGCCAAAUCCAACUGUUAAAUGGUACCGUGAGAGCUUCCCCAUUCAAAAUUCCCCGGAUUUGCAGAUCCACACCUUUAGCGGCAAGUCGAUUUUGAUUAUCCGCCAGGUGUUUGUCGAGGAUUCGGCCGUGUUCUCGUGUGUGGCCGAAAAUCGUGGAGGAACCGCCAAGUGCAGUGCCAAUCUGGUGGUCGAGGAACGUCGUCGUGCCGGAAAGGGUGGCAUUCAGCCUCCCAGCUUUGUGACCACCAUCCAGAGCACCACAGUGGCCACCGGACAAUUGGCUCGCUUCGAUGCCAAGGUUACCGGCACUCGUCCUUUGGAUGUUUACUGGCUUAAGAACGGCAUGAAAAUUCAGCCGAGCAUCAAAUUCAAGUUGCUGGAAGAGGAUAGUGUUCACACACUGCUCAUCAUCGAACCCUUCGCCGAGGAUUCCGGUCGCUACGAGUGUGUGGCUGUGAACGCCGCCGGCGAGGCUCGUUGCGAUGGCGAUUGUAUUGUUCAAUCUCCCACCAAGCCGGAGAAACCAACCACUCCGGGCAGCGAGAAGGCCCCACAUAUUGUGGAGCAGCUGAAGAGCCAGUCGGUGGAGGAGGGCAGCAAGGUCAUCUUCCGCUGCCGCGUGGACGGCAAACCCACUCCCACCGCCCGCUGGAUGCGAGGUGAGAACUUUGUGAAGCCAUCGCGCUACUUCCAGAUGAGCCGUCAAGGCGAGUACUACCAGCUGGUCAUCUCGGAAGCCUUCCCCGAAGACGAGGGAACCUACAAGUGCGUGGCCGAGAACAAACUGGGCAGCAUUCAGACCAGCGCUCAGCUGAAGGUUCGUCCCAUCGAGAACCUAGACGCCCCGCCCACCAUCACCGCCCUCAAGGAUGUCUCCGUCACCGAGGGCAUGCCCGCCCAAUUUAAGACGACGGUGACCGGCAAAGUGAAGGCCACCAGUGUCCAGUGGUUCCGCGAGGGUCAGCUGAUCCCCGAAACACCAGAUUUCCAGAUGAUCUUCGAUGGCAACAGCGCUGUGCUUCUUAUUGGCACCACCUACGAGGAGGAUUCGGGCAUCUUUACUGUACGUGUAACCUCGUCCACCGGCCAGGUCGAAUCCUCAGCCAAACUGACUGUUAAAAAACGACGCAUCUCGGCCUUUCAAUUGCGAACAAUUGAUUCCGCCGAGGAUGAGUCCUCAUCCUCUGGCCGGGAGGACAGUGCCCCCGAGUCGCCCCACGCUUUCCAACCUGGCCACCAACCCGGCCAGCAGUUUGGUCAAUUCCUGGGCGUCAACGGGCAGGGUCAACAUCAGGGCAGGUCGCGCCAGAAGAAACCCAAGGUGCGCAGUAAGUCACUGCAGCCAGCAACAAAGGUAAUUCCGUGGCGUAAAUCAUCACGUCCUACUCGUGGACGAUCUUUGGAUAAGGGAGUCUUCCUGCCAGGCUUUAAGCCUGAGCCGGUCAAAUCGUGGACCGAGGAGACCAUUAGCUUGAAGGCUACGCCAAUCGAAAAGAAAAAGCCGACACCCAAAUUGGAGGCAGCUACUGUUGUACUGAAGUCCAUUAAGAGUCAACGCGAUCAGGGCAUCAUGAGUUUGGGCGCUACUCUGGAGCAGAUUAUUGCUGGAAAGACGGAAAAGGAGGCGGUUCCUUGGAUCACCAUGCGAGAAAAGCUAAAGGCAGUGGAGAGUGUUCAAGAGCAACUUAACAAGUUCGAUUUGGAUGAGGUCUAUCUGCGACCCCUUGAGGGUCAAAUCGAAACAGAUGAGCAGCUACCGCAGCAGGCUCAAGUGGAACAGGUGCAGCGCACCAAGGAAAUCCAGCGACUGAAGAGCAUGGAGAGUGUUGAGAUUAUGGAGAUGACUGACCAGAUCGACAAGCUGAUCACCCAGCAGCAAAACACCAAGGAUCUUAUCCCCUGGAAGGAGAUGCGCCAGCAGCUUAAGAGUGUCCAGAAGGUGACAAAGCAAAUCGACAAGUUCAAGAUUGAGGAAGUUGAGUUGCGACACCUGCAAGCUCAGCAGGUCAUAACUGAGGAGUUUCAAACGGGCACAGCCGAGCAGACUGUCGUCUUGAUUGACGAGAGCUCCAAGGGUUCGAUCUCAAAGGUGAUGCGUCGCGAUGAGCUGCAGCAAUACGAAGAUCAGUCCAACAUCUAUAAGCAGCAGUUUAUCACCACCGAGGAUGUGAACAUUAUGCAUGUUUCGGAGCGCGAGAAACUAGAAGCCCAGAGAUUGAUACGAGAGCAGCAGGCAGUCAAUUGGCGCCAACAGCAGCAGCGCCCACAACUGCAGCCCUUGACAUCAGUUGAAGAUACUAUCAUCUCGCAGACUAUCGAUAGACAAAAGUUGGUGCAACAACAGAGCCGCAUCGAGGAGGCUCAGCGCCAGCAGUUUGUGCAGGUUGAGGAUUCGCAGAUGAUGAGUCUGGAGCAGUACGAGCACCAAAAGAUGGUCAACCAGCGCACUCAGCAAGAGGCCCUUAGCUGGCGUCAGCCACGACAGCCCCAAAAGUUUAUACAGGUGGAGGACACUUCGUUGCUUCAUUUGCAGGAGCGUCAGGAUACGCAAGAGCAGCAAUUGCUGCAGCAACAGCCUGUGAUGUGGGAUCGUGGUAUGAAAAAGCCGGAACAACCUCAAUAUGUGCAACCUCAGACGGCGCCCGCUCAGGAAGAAUACGUCGAGAAGCCAAGAUCGUACGAGGAAAUGCACGACGAGCUUAUUGAACCAACUCCAGUUCAGCAACCACUACCCGCUCCAGUUUUGUGGGAGCGAGGUAAGAAGAAACCCCAGCCGCAGGAGAAGACCUACGAAGAGGCCCACGACGAGUUGGUUGAACCCAUUCCCGUUCAACAACCGGAACCGGUGCCAGUCCUGUGGGAACGCGGCAAGAAAAAGGUGGCUCAGCAGGAGGAAACCAUCACAUCCCAUGAACUUGUACAAACUUCGCAAGUGGUCGAACAGCAGAUCGUUGAGGAAACAAAGAAGGUCGCUGUUCGCCGAGUAAUUCCACCAAGGGAACCGGAACAGAAGGUGGAACAAGUGACAUUGAGGCCAACGCCACGUCCACGACCUAAGGAUGCACAAAAGACCGAAGAGAUCCAACUGAAGCCGUUUAGAAGCAGCAGACCCGUUGAAAAAGCUGUGGAGCAGCAGCCUACGCAGAAAGCUUACGAAGAAGCCACGGAUGAGCUACCAGAAGAACCUAUUCCUCAAGUGCAGGAUAAACCGGAACCUGUCUUGUGGGAGCGUGGCAAGAAGAAGCCACAGAAACCCGAAGAGCAAGCACCAGAGAUUCCAAAGACUAUCGAGGUUGCUGUCGACACGCUGGAAGAGGAAGUCGCUAAACCCACUGAACCUCAACCGCAGCCUGUUUUGUGGGAGCGUGGUAAGAAGGUGAAGCCGGAACAACAGAAAGUUGUCGAGGAAGCACCAAUAACCCUGGAGGUUGCAGUCGAUACUCUGGAAGAGGAGGUGGCUAAACCCGUUGAACCUGAAGCACAACCUGUGUUGUGGGAACGCGGCAAGAAAAAGAAGCCGCAACCACAAGUAGUUAUCGAAGAGAAGGUUGAUGAGGGCAAGACACGAAGCGUCGAUGUACUGCCUGAAGAGCCUAAGGUGGAGGACAAGCCAGAGCCUGUCUUGUGGCAGCGGGGCAAGAAGAAGGCUCCCAAGCCAGAGCCCGUUGAGGAAGUGCAUCAUGAUGAGGUCGAUGCUCAAUUAGAGACAGUGGUUGAGGAAGAGCAGGUCGUUGUUGAAGAAAAGCGUCGGGUCAAGAAAACGAAGAAACCAAAACUAAUACAACAAGCUCCCGAGGAGGUGUUUGAAGAGCAGCCGGAAGAGGAAGUUGCUCCAGAAGAAGAAGAAAUUAUUGAAGUGCUCGAAGAAAUUUCUGAAGAAAAACGCAAGGUCAAGAAAACUAAGAAGCCUAAGCCAUCACAGCAAGUUACCGAAGAAGAGAUAAUCGAAAAGCGGCCUAAUGUUGUUGAAGAACAAGAAGAUGUUGUCGUUGAAGAAAUACGCAGGGUCAAAAAGGUCAAGAAGCCCAAGGCUGUAGUCGAAGAGGCUGAGGCUGAGCAACCCGAAGAGGAAAUUCCGCAGGAAGAGAUUGUAGAAGAGCAAGAAACGGUCGUGCAAGAUCAACUAGAGGUUGUUGAGGAAAAGAAAAUGGUUAAAAUAAAGAAGCCCAAGCAAACCGUUGAAAAGACUGAUGUUGAGGAACAGCCUGUAGAGGAAAUUCCAGAAGAGGUCAUUGAAGAACCUGAAGAGGUCAUCGAAGAACAAAUAAGGGUCGUAAGACAAGAAGAAAUCUUGGAAGAGAAGAAAAAGGUUAAGAAGGCUAAGAAGCCGAAGAAGAUUUCAGAAGAGAGCGUUGUGGAAGAUGAGCAACCAGAGGAAGAACUAGUUGAAGAGCAAGAAGAAAUUGUGGAAGAACAACGCAAGGUGAAAAAGGUCAAGAAACCCAAAAAGAUGAUGACUGAAGAGGAGACGGAAGAGCUACCGAAAGAAGUUGAAGAGCCAAAAGUUGAAGUGGUUGAAGAAAUUGAGGAAACCGUUUCGGAAGAACCCAAAAAGCCGAAACCAGCCCAAGAGGUUGAACAAGUCGAAAAGGUUUUACUUAAGCCUGCUCCAAGGAAACAAAGGCCUUUGCCCGAGAAAGAACAAAUAGAGGAAGUCUCGCUGAAGCCAGUGAAAAAGACUGCAAUUGUUUCGGAGACCACACAACCCGAAACACCUGAAUCGGAAUUCGAGGUAAAGGAGUUCGUAAUCACCACUGAAGACCAAAUAGUGGACGUUACGAAGAAGCGCGUUAAAAAGAAAAAACCCAAGACAAAGAGUGCCAACGAAGAAUCAAUGGAAGAGCCGGUUGAAGAAAUCGAAGUGUUUGAGGAAGAGGAAACCUCUCCGGAAGAGGUGCAACCUGUUGAAGAAAUUUUAGAGGAACAACCUUUCGAGGAAGUUAUCCCCGAACAAAAAGUUGCACCCAAGCCGAAGCCGAAAAAAGAAGAAAUUGUCGAGAAGGUUGAAGUGGUUGCUCUUAAGCGGGUUACAAGGCCAAAGAAAGAGCUGCCCCAAGAGGCGACCAUUGAGGAAGUGCGCUUAAAACCAACUCAACGCACAUCCAUCAAGCCCGCAGAAGUCAAGCUGGAGGAAGUGGACUUGCAGCAUGUCGAGCGAAAGGAGGAGGAAAUCACUCAGGAGGAGAAGCGUAAGACCAAGAAGGUAAAGAAGCCAAAACACGAAGAUCUUCCCGAAAUUGCCGAUGCUGAGCCAACCCAAUUAGAAGAGGCUGAGCACAUUGACAUAGAGAAGGAGCCGAAACCCCAGGAGGAGCAACCUCAGGUGCCUUGGAAGCGAGGUGAAAAGAAGAAGCCGGUCGAAGAAAUAUUGGAGGAAAAGAAAAUGCCUUCAGGUAAACGCCGACCCUUGGCGGAAGAGCAGCCAGAGGAAGUUUCACUCAAGCCAAUUCCAAAGAAACCUGUAGAAGAGCCACUGAAGCCAGAAAAAUUCAUACCUGGCCCACAACUUGUGCCCGAGGAAAAACCAGAAAUCGAAGAGGAGGAACUUGAGCUUGAACCUCUUAGGCUGCCUGAAAAUAGUCAGCCUAAGGAGCCCAAGGCUAAGAAGGAGAAAAAGAAGAAGCCCAAGCUGAAGAAGGCCACACCUUCAGUGGACGAGGUGUCCGAAGAAAUGGUUGAAGCCUUCGAUGAACCCAUCGCUGAGGAAGAUCAAGUGGAAGAGUUGCCAGUAGACGAUGUCAAGGUUGUGGCAGUUUCUGAAGACGUACUGCCCGAAGAGGAAGUUGUGCCCACAGAGGAGACUCCCGAGGCAAAACAGAAGGCGCACAAGAAGCGCACGAAACGACUAAAGGAGGCCUCCAUCGAGGGCCAGCCCCAGCUACUGGAGGCGGCUAUUGCUGAAAUUGAAAAGGUGGACGAAAUAUCCCAGGAGAUCUCACAAAAGACUAUUACCCUACUAAAGAAGACUGAAGACACAAGACCUCAAUUCAUCACGACUGAACAGCUCAUUGAGCUGGAUGUGGAAGACGUGCGACGUGAUCUUGAGAUGAAGGUCACAUCGAACAUCAUUAAGAAGGAGAAGCGUCGCGUGGUGCUGGAUGACAGCCAACCGCUGCCUGAGCUGGAACUGAUCACGCAGAAGCGUAUCCAAGAAGGCAUUGAUAAGGUGGCCGACGAGGAGCUUAUCGAAGACCAGCAGCUAACGCAAAACCAGCAGGAGACGACCACCUCCGAAGUAAUCGGUCAGGAGCGCAAGCUAGUCAAGAAGAAGAAGAAGGAGAUCAAGCCACCGAGGAUUACCGAGAAAUUGCGUCCUCGACAAUGCGUUCCCGAGGAGCCAACGGUGCUGGAGUGCAAGGUUGAGGGUGUACCAUUCCCCGAGAUCAACUGGUACUUUAACGAUAUCCUGCUCUUUGCUUCGGAGAAGUAUGAGAUCACUGUGGUCGAACAGGUGGCCAAGUUGAAGAUCGCCAAGGUCACACCCAGCGAUGUUGGCGUCUAUACAUGUGAGGCCAAGAACGAGGCUGGAGUGGCAACGAGUCGUACCAACAUUAUUUUAGAAAAAGAACAAGGAGUUGCACCACAGUUUACCAAACCACUAAAGAUUGAGUUUACUGAGGAGAAGCAGCCCGAGCAACUUAAAGUUACGGUUACCUGUCAAGUGACAGGAAAACCAAAUCCUCAGGUCAAAUGGUACAGAGGUAUUGAAGAGAUUAUUCCUAGCGAAACCGUGCAAGUGUUCUAUGAUGAAAAAACCGGCGAUGUGGCCCUGGAGGUUAUAAACCCCACUCCCAAUGAAGCUGUCAUCUACUCUGUGCAGGCGCAAAAUCAGUUUGGACGUGCCAUUGGCAAUGCCAAUAUCCUAAGUCGGGUUGAUGAAGUGCCUCGGGAGAUACUUAAGGCACCCACCGUUACUCCACUUAGUGCCGUAGUUGUACCCACUGGAGGUACUCUGUUUUUUGAAGCCAAGUACGAAGGCCUACCGAGGCCAGAGAUCAAAUGGAUGCGCAAUGGUCGCGAGGUCAUUGAAAACGAGGAGACCAUCAUAGAAACCACCGAAACGACAACCACUAUUAAGGUUAUCAAUAUGACACGUAAACGCACUGGCAAGUACGAGGUCUGGGCCAAGAACAAGGUGGGCGAGGCCAAGUCUUCGGGAUCGGUAGUGGUUUCAGAUCAGAAGCCUGAUGAGCAAAUCAAACCACCACGAUUUAUUCAGCCCCUUGAGCCAAAGUACUUUGGCGAACAUGAAGUUGCCAUUAUUGAGGCAAUUGUGGAGUCUGAGCCGUUGUCGUCCUUCCAGUGGUUUGUUCACAAUGAGCCCAUCAAGAGCUCGAACGAAGUACGCAUCGUUAGCCAGGCCAACAAGUCAACGUUGCUAAUUGAGGACUUCCAGAAACAAUUCGUCGGACCCUUUACUUGCCGGGCCGAGAAUGUGGGUGGUUCGGUGACGUCGACGGCCACCGUCAACCUAAUUGAGUCUCUGCCCCAAGAGGAGGCAGUGGAAUUCGAGUCGCCGCGAUUUGUUGAGGAACUCAUUCAGCCCGUGGAGGUAAUGGAUGGAGAGGCAUUGCUGCUGACCUGCAAAGUUACGGGCAAGCCCACUCCCAAAGUGGAGUGGUAUCACAAUGCGGAGAAGAUCACUGAAAACAAGGAAACUACGAUAUCGCAAGACUUGCAAGGCAAUUGCCAGCUGCAGAUUACGGAAGUUUUCCCCGAAAACGAGGGUCAAUACGAGUGCGUUGCCACAAACAAGAUUGGCAAGAGCUCGAGCAAGACAAGCGUUAAAAUUCAAGCAUUUGAAUAUAUCCCCGAUUCUGAAAUCACUGGACUCACAGGAUCUGAGGAGGAUCUACUAGAUAGAACCCUCUCAAUCGACGAACAAGCACCGAAAAUAAUUAAAAAACUACCAGAGAAAAUCGAGCCCAAAGAGGGUGAGCAAGCGAAGCUGGAAGUUAAGGUCAUUGGUAAACCAAAACCAAAGGUCAAAUGGCUGCGUGACGACGAGCAGAUAUUCGCUUCCGAGGAAUAUCAGAUCGAAAAUUUCGAAGACGGCACCUCAGUGUUGGUCAUUAACCACGUCUAUCCCGAUGAUUUGGGUACAAUUAGUUUCGAAGCAUACAAUCCACUGGGUGUGGCAGUGACCACGGCGCUCUUUGCGGUCGAAGGUAUCGUUGGAUCGAAAGAUUACCGCAAGCCGGAAUGGGUGACUCAGAUGGAGGAAAUGCAGGUGGCUCUCAAAGCUGCUAAAUGCUCGCCAUCACUACUAAACGAAAUGCGUGACUGCCGUGCUGCCAUAGGCGAAACAGCCAAGUUCUUGAUACAGUUUGCCGGCAACCCGAUACCAGAUAUUCAAUGGUAUUUCAACAACGUUCAGCUUAGGGCAUCUGAAAAGUAUCGCAUGGUAGUACGGGAACAGGAAGCCACGCUAGAAAUAAUGAAAAUAACAAACGAGGACUGCGGUUAUUAUAACUGCAAGCUCAUCAACGAGAUUGGCAUGACCAUGACGCGGGCCAAGUUCGAUAUAUCAUCUACUAGCACUAUAGUCGAGGAGACGGUCAAGUCCAAGACUACUAUUAAAAAGAAGGUUGGAAAAAAGGCAAUGGUUAAGAGAUCGGGGGCUUCAGAGUCGCAGACCGAGCAAAGAACAGAAAUUCGAAUUAUUCCAGCCAGCACGGCAGAAACUACCAUGAACGUGAUCAAAAUAAGACAACCCGUGUCUAUUCUGGUAGAAAAGAGCGAAGUCUCUGAAGUUUUGGAAGUAAAAGAUAGAAAAAUUGACGAUGCCGAAAAGCGCAGCAGUCAAAUAAUCGAAGAAGUCGAGGAGAUCGAAGAGGUAGAGGAGAUCGAGGAAAAAGUCCAAGAGGCUGACGAAGAAGAAGAAGUUAAAGUUCAAGUAGAGCAGAAAGAAACCUACACAUCUAGCAAGAGAAUAGAGAUUACAAAAACUGUGGAGCUUAUACGCACGAAAAUCAGCCAGAAGAUCAUAACAAUUGAGGAUAUUCAAGGCCUGUCGCAUCACGAGGAAGUCCAAUGGCUACUCGAGUCCAUUGAAGCGGAGUCUUUUGGCCAAAUCGGAGAGUCUGCCCUCCGAGAUUUGGCCACAAUUGGACUGCUUUUGCGUUACGGCUGUGAACAUUACGAGAUUACAUAUAUGUAUGAGCAAAACAUAUUCAUAUCCCUGAAGAAACCCGAGUCCCAAUCGGCUCUGGUGCAGCUCGUAGAGCGAGAGGGCCACGAAGAGCUGAUCUCCCAAAUCCUGAGCGAGUCUUCAAAUGAGGACGAAACCAUCCUGGCAGCUACUGUCGGCUUCAAGGCUUUCAUACGUAUGAUUCAGACGUAUGAAAUCACCAUUGAGAUCGUCAUACGAAAGUUUGUUAGGGAGGACUUCAUAUCACAGGAUUGGAAGAUAUGUGGAAAGGAGAGAAUAGUAGAGACAUCGCAAAUAAUUGAAAGUCACGAGGCCAUCACACAUGUGAAAAUAGAGGAAACAUUUGUCGAGGAACGAACGAUAAUUGUCCAAGAAGAAACAGCAACCACUAAAGUGGAAAAACAAUUCAUACAGCAACAACAAGAACAUGUGCAAAUACAAGAACAACAAGAACAAGUGCAGAUACAGGCUACGGCUGAACAAAUUGUGGUAAAGAAAACAAAAUCGAAAAAGCAUAAAAAACACAUUCAACAAGAACUAGAAGUAAACGAACAAACCGAAACACUUGCUCAUGAAACAAGCUCGGGAUCACCGCAGGCUGAAACUCUUGAGAACAUUGAAGAUCUUCUACCCACAUACGAGACACUAUCCUUGCAUAAUCUACCAAAAGACACGAUCGAAACCAUAGCAGUUGCAAUUACCUCAGAACUUUCUACUCCGAAACCGAUUCCAGCGCAGGUACAGGACGAAAUAUCACCCCAGAAGGUAUUAGCCAUCAGAGAGGAAUGUUUAGCACUCGACGAGGUUGGGGUACGAAUAGAGACCCCCAAACUCGAAGAAAAAAAGCUUAGCGAAAAGGUUGAAAUGAGGCAAAAGCAUGCAGUAAAUGUGACCGAAACGAAGACUGAUGAACUUUCAAAGGAACUGAUGCCUUCUAAAAUUCCCAAAUCCGUGAAGGCCCAACGUAAGAUGAAAGAGUCACGUCCAUUGUUGGUUGAAGCUCCAAGUGUUGAAGAAGCUACCAAAGAUUUUAAGCCAAUUAUAACCGUUACUCAACAGGCUCGAGGUGACAUAUUGUUGUCGCAUGAGUUAAACGAGGAACAGCAACCUGCCCUGGAGAGCAUUGCACAGCUUAAACCAAGUACAACAAUUAAGGAAACCGUUCAGCAGGAACUGCUGAAUCAAGAGGAGGUUAUUGUCACCGAAAUAAUAAGCACCGAAACGGUUGGCAGGGACCUCACUCAGGUAAAGCUUGUUGGAGAAAAAAUUGAUCCACAAGUAACCCCCAACAUAAGUCUUGGCAUUAGCGAGUGCCAACCAGAGGAUUCUUUAGGCGAACUGACACCAGCUGCCAAGAGACAUUCGGAAUCUUCUACGACAUCAGUAAUUCAACACAAGGCAAUUAGUGAAAGGGCAUUGGAGGUUUUUGAAAGCCUAGACCAAAUACCAAUGGAAAGCCAACCAACAAAGCGUCUAGCCGAUUUUUCCAUUAGCACUGAGGAAGUUUCAGUUCAGGUGCAAGAAAUUAAACCUUUUGAGAAUCUAACAGACGGCGAAGUGACCAUAAAACCGACUAGAGAAAUUAAAGCUAUGGAAUUAUUUGAGUUGGCUGAGGGAAUAAUUAAUAUCACAGCAGAUUCCCAGAGUCCAAUCGAUGAGACAUUGCCUACAUUUACGGCCAAUGUGAAAGAAGCCAGUUUGGAUAUGCAAAGACAUUACCAUUUUAUUACUCAGGAAACAGUUUCAAACGAACAGACCUCAAGGGACUUGGAAGUGAAAGAUGUUCCAAAAUUGGCUGAGGGAACGGCGGUGCAAACGAGUGCGUUGACUAUUGGCGAAACACAGGAGACUAGCGUGGUAGAAAUGGCAAAUGAGCUUAUCGAACCACUUGUGGAAUCAUCAAAACCAGCGAAGGGCACCUUAACAAAAGCGUAUGGAACAGCAGAGAGUAAGGACGAGUCCCUUUUUGAUUCACUUAGUUUGGUGCCAGAUGCAGAUCGGAAAACAGCAAAGGGAAAAGUACUAAUAUCUGAAGGUGAAAUCGUUGCCGAAGUUCAGGCUCCAACCGUGAUUGACACAGAAGGUGAGCUUUUGUCUGCGGUUCCAAAAAUGGUAGAUGCCAAAUACGAUUUCGUCGAGCAGGCUGCUUUGGAGAUCAGGCAGGAUACAACAGUAGAAAUGGAGGAAACCCUGUUCUGCGAUGCAGGACCAAAAUCACAGUUAGCUACAGAAAAAAUGAUUCCCACUGAGCUUAAAGUAACAACCGUGUUUGAGGUUCAACCAGGAGCAACAUCUUCUGAUAUUAUUGAUGAGAAAGCGAAAUCUGUAUCCGCGAAUCAUGUCUUGGAGGUAAUGCCAAUUGGAGUUGCAAGUAAGCCAGACUUGCUGGAGAGUACUAGUCAUAUAAGGCACCCUCAACAGCCUGAACUUAAGACUGUUAAUCUAAUAUUGGAUGAGAACCUACAAUCUCUGGAGGUUACCAAUGUACAGAUAACCGAAAGCAGCACGGAGCUUGUUAAUAUCACUUCGAAUCAAAAUCUUUCCAAAGCCCAAGCUGUAACUGAAACUUUCAAGCAUGCCGAAGGCCUAGACGUAAUUCCCAUGGAAUCAACUAUGACUAAGCCGGCGGACAGCAAACCGAAAGAAGGAAUUGCAGAUAUAAGCAUACCGCAACGAUUCGGAACAGAUGUUAGAGAGCAGGCCCUUUUGGAAAGCAUUCAACCAAGAGAAGAGGAGGACAAGCCACAUUCACAAACAACAGAAAGCCACUUUGGUUUGCUGCAACCGCUUGAAACCAUCGCAUGUGUAACUUUAGAAGGAGAAAUCAUUUUAUCCACUGAAGAGCCCCACCCAUUGCAGAGCGCUGCUAUUGGAACUUCAGCAGCCUUAAAAGUGGCCAACACAACGAGACCCCAGCAUAUGGAGGCAUUGCAGAGACUAGACGAACAGAAGGAGCCUAAGCAGAAUGCACAUUUCAAUUUUGCGGAAAUCACUUUACCCAACAUUGAGGAAACCAUCUCACUUGAUGUGGUAAACGACUACAAAACACCAACGUUUAACACAACAUCUCUUAGUAGUGUAGAAAUCGUUGAGAGAACCCCAGCUUUAAAGACAACUACAGCCAUUUUAAGUGAACACACGACCGACUUAAAGGCUCAAGACAUUCCUCAGCAAGUUUACGUUAAGCCCGAACUGAAUGACUUAACCCAAAAAAUCCCUCUGUUAGAGCAAACCAAUGUUCUUGAUCAAGUCGCGGACUUGAACGACUUUUUACCCACCAAGGAAACUAGUCAAUCUUUUAUAAAUAGUUUUUUCGAGAUAAAUGUAAGAGAGACUCAAGCUCUUGAAAAGGAGGAGCUUCUUGAAGGAGUUGCCCAACCAUAUGAACAGCACAUUAAAAUAGCUUUGGACUCUCCGACGGUUGUAGGACUGAUUCGACAAGAAAAUGUCCUCGAGCAAGAGCAGGAUCUUAAAGUUCCCACAAAGCAGGCGGAACAGGGAAAACUUAUGUCUACAGAGCUCCUUCGGUUGCCUGUUACUGAAAGCAUCCAAGAAAGCCAAAGCACCGGUGAGUUGGAGAAAUUUGACGUAUUGAACAAAUUUGGUGCUUUCAAAUUAGAUCUUUUUAGUGAAACAAAAUCAACAGAAACUAUUGUGUACGACUCCGUAAAAAAAUCUUUUGAUUCAUUGCUGCCAGAUAAUAUAAAACCCCAAGAGUCUUUAGUACCCCAUGAGCAUACAAUGGUCACUGGAAGUAUUGUUUUUGAUGCGGUUGAACAUUUCGCAAACAUACCUGCCGAGCAGCGCACCGCAACAAAGAUUCAGGAUAAUCUAACUCAUUCAAUAAUCGCCGAGGAUCAAACAUUUUUUGAGUCAGAAGAAACGCUUAAAGAUCAAACGAUCCCAAAUCAGAAAGCCAAACUAAUCGGGGAUGUCCAAAAUCGUUAUGCUAAGCUCGUGGGCGAAGGCACAGCCUAUGAAGCUAUGGGACAUGAAUACGAAACAGAUAAAAGUAGUGCGCAGCAAGCGGAAGUCACUCUCGAACUCGCUCAAGUUCAUGCAACCGAAAUGCAGCAAACUGUUGAAGCAGAAAUAAAACUAAAGUCUCAGGAACAACCUUUCGCAGUAGCAGCAUCCGAUAACACACCUUCGCGGCUCGGUUUGGCGGAAACUACAAAAAUUAACCCUAUAGAACAAAGUGAAAAUCUAUUAACUUCGCCACCAGACGCAAAGAUUGCUCAAACAAAAUAUGAAGGAAAGCAAUAUGAAGUUAAUGUCAAUGAAGUCUGCGCGCUAGAGAAAUCUGAAGAACUUCUAAAGGCAGGUUUGUCUCCCGUUUCCGCUGUGAAGUCUAUUGAUAUAAUGUUUAAGCCUACACCAGAGUCACAUCAGCCUAGAGUUUUCCAAAAGGAGUCAACUAUACCGUUUGUAUCCCUCCCGGAGGCUAAUGCAAAAACAGCUGUAGAUCUGCUUCAGGGUACGAAAAUAUACAAUAUGCUUGCACUAGAAUCGUCCGGUCUUAUUGAUCGAACUCAGGCUGAUGCGCAGGCGGCCCAAGAAGAAUUUGUCACUAUUGUAGAGUCAAAUAAAGUUCAGGUUCAAAUUGAUAACCUAAUACUGCAAAAGGAAGAUAUUUUGGAUAACACGCAAAGGGAGUAUUUCGGAAAACCUUUUGUUGAAGGCACGCAGCGGGAAACACUUAUUUCUGAAGUAGUACCACUUGAAAAUGUUAGUAAUAUUAAUCUACCCCAAGAGGCAUCUACAUAUGUAGCUAGUUUAACAACUAAUGAAAGGAUCACUCAAUCGCCAAUGGUACAAACACAAUUGCCAUUAGAACUGGAAAAUGAAGUCCAAGUUGUUUACGAUAAAAUAGCUCAAGCUAAGAUCAAAUCAGACGAAGUCAACGAAUAUACAACUGUAUCUGAAGUUAAUGCCUACGAAUUAAUUAAUGUCAUUCAAGAUGAACAGAAUCAGGGCUUAAUUGUUAAGGUCUCAAGGGACGCAGACGUUAACAAGGCUCAUUUGACAACAAUACAAUCAACAUUCCUAAAAGAGAAAACCCUCCCCCAACUUAGCAUUAUUGAUGAUAAGGCAAAACUUUCUAGUGUUGAGCUUAUGUGUUUAAUAACCGAAGAGGUAGUCGGCAUGAGCUCUAUUCAAGAAAUAUAUGAACCUCAUGAAGCAGCAAAGGAAAAAGCCAACAUAUCUCACCAAACUCCACAUGAAGCUGCAAAAGUUUGUGAGCAAUCUACAUACGAGCAUAUUCCUGAUAUUUUGUCUAAGCCGAUCGAAAAAACCUGUACAACGACUAGCACUGUAAAAACAGCUUUUAGGCCAACUGAAAGUUUAUCCGUAAAUGUUUAUGAAAAUAUUGAGGGUCAUGGUGAUUUUAAGCCAAAUAUUGCAAGCCUCUUAUCAGAACCAUCUGUAACUUCUGGGUUGAAGGUUUCGGUGGUAGAAGAGGUCACGGUAAUACCAUCCUUGGACUGCCUUGCAAGCGACGUACCUGAGGGAUUGAAAGCUAAGUCAGAAACAGUUUUACACAAAAAUAUUGUUUACAAAGAGGAACUUCCUUGCGAAAGUGUAAGUCCUUUAUUGAAAGACAAGACGCAUACCAUCGAGCAGGCAAAACUGCAGACAUCUGAUAUGAGAGUUGCACCUUUAACAAGCGAGCAAAAUGAGAAGGGAACUGUUCAGGAUAUUUUUGAGUUUCAAGCUGACAAGAAAUAUGCGCAGCCCUCAAUUACCAUGCAGAGUACGUAUCUUAACCAACAAACAAUCGCACAAGAGCCAGUCGAUUUAUUAGAACUGAAGGUACAGAAGACCCAAGAAAAUGCUAAUAUUAACUUUGAAACAAACACCUCUUUAACAGCAGAACAGCUUAACAUAUUUAGCUCAACAGCAUCUCGGGUUCUUCCUGAUAGUGAGGCUACAUUACAACCAACUCUUGUAGAACGUUUCCUAAAUAAUGCUUUACAAAGUACACAAUUUGUGUCAGACUCUACGUCUGAUUUUUUGCCACUGAUGUUGAAAAGUGCACACAUUGAAAUGAAAACACACGAAGAAGUACAUUCUAUUACGACAGAGUCACAAGCACCAAUACACAUAUCAAAAGAUGACACUGAUAGUAUUGAGAGAAAUCAUACACAGGAAGUUAUUGAGUUAGAGAGUUUAACAAAGAAGAGUUUAGAUAUAACGGUAAAAAAAAAACCGGAUACAGAACAAAGCACAGACACAAUACACACACAACAAAAGACACCAACACAAAAACCAAAAGCCCGUAAGACCGAAAUCACUGAAGCAGCAGAAGCAGUGAAAAUUAUUGAAAACAUUUCGGAAAACGGAAAAUUAAGAAAGAAGACGGUCCGAACACGUUUAAUUAAAAAGGUCAAGGGUGACAAACAAGAAGUUACCAAGAUUGAAACCGUCGAGGAGGAUGAUAAGGAACCAGAAACAACUGUCACUGUCGAAGAACUUCCAUUUGAGGAAGAAAAACCGGAAGAGAUUCAGGAACUUCCAGAGGAAGUUCGCGUAGUUGAAACCAUUACCGAAGACGGAAAGCCAAAGAAGAAGAAGAUCCGCACUCGCGUAAUCAAGAAGGUCAAGGGUGACAAACAAGAAGUUACCAAGAUUGAAACCGUCGAGGAGGAUGAUAAGCAACCAGAAACAACUGUUACUGUCGAAGAACUUCCAUUUGAGGAAGAAAAACCGGAAGAGAUUCAAGAACUUCCAGAGGAAGUUCGCGUAGUUGAAACCAUUACCGAAGACGGCAAGCCAAAGAAGCAGAAGAUCCGCACUCGCGUAAUCAAGAAGGUCAAGGGUGACAAACAAGAGGUUACCAAGAUUGAAACCGUCGAGGAGGAUGAUAAGCAACCAGAAACAACUGUGACUGUCGAAGAACUUCCAUUUGAGGAAGAAAAACCUAAAAAGAUUCACGAGCUUCCAGAGGAAGUUCGCGUGGUUGAAACUAUUACCGAAGACGGCAAGCCAAAGAAGAAGAAGAUCCGCACUCGCGUUAUCAAGAAGGUCAAGGGUAACAAACAAGAAGUUACCAAGAUUGAAACAGUCGAGGAGGAUGAUAAGCAACCAGAAACCACUGUUACUGUCGAAGAACUUCCAUUUGAGGAAGAAAAACCGGAAGAGAUUCAAGAACUUCCAGAGGAAGUUCGCGUAGUUGAAACCAUUACCGAAGACGGCAAGCCAAAGAAGCAGAAGAUCCGCACUCGCGUAAUCAAGAAGGCCAAGGGUGACAAACAAGAGGUUACCAAGAUUGAAACCGUCGAGGAGGAUGAUAAGCAACCAGAAACAACUGUGACUGUCGAAGAACUUCCAUUUGAGGAAGAAAAACCGGAAGAGAUUCAAGAGCUUCCAGAGGAAGUUCACGUGGUUGAAACCAUUACUGAAGACGGCAAGCCAAAGAAGAAGAAGAUCCGAACUCGCGUUAUCAAGAAGGUUAAGGGUGACAAACAAGAAGUUACCAAAAUUGAAACCGUCGAGGAGGAUGAUAAGCAGCCAGAAACAACUGUCACUGUCGAAGAACUUCCAUUUGAGGAAGAAAAACCUGAAGAGAUUCAGGAGCUUCCAGAGGAAGUACGCGUGGUUGAAACCAUUACCGAAGACGGAAAGCCAAAGAAGAAGAAGAUCCGCACUCGCGUUAUCAAGAAGGUCAAGGGUGACAAACAAGAAGUUACCAAGAUUGAAACCGUCGAGGAGGAUGAUAAGCAACCAGAAACAACUGUCACUGUCGAAGAACUUCCAUUUGAAGAAGAAAAACCGGAAGGGAUUCAAGAGCUUCCAGAGGAAGUUCGCGUGGUUGAAACCAUUACCGAAGACGGCAAGCCAAAGAAGAAGAAGAUCCGCACUCGCGUUAUCAAGAAGGUCAAGGGUGACAAACAAGAAGUUACCAAGAUUGAAACCGUCGAGGAGGAUGAUAAGCAACCAGAAACAACUGUCACUGUCGAAGAACUUCCAUUUGAGGAAGAAAAACCUGAAGAGAUUCAAGAGCUUCCAGAGGAAGUUCGCGUGGUUGAAACCAUUACCGAAGACGGCAAGCCAAAGAAGAAGAAGAUCCGCACUCGCGUUAUCAAGAAGGUCAAGGGUGACAAACAAGAAGUUACCAAGAUUGAAACCGUCGAGGAGGAUGAUAAGCAACCAGAAACAACUGUCACUGUCGAAGAACUUCCAUUUGAGGAAGAAAAACCUGAAGAGAUUCAAGAGCUUCCAGAGGAAGUUCGCGUGGUUGAAACCAUUACCGAAGACGGCAAGCCAAAGAAGAAGAAGAUCCGCACUCGCGUUAUCAAGAAGGUCAAGGGUGACAAACAAGAAGUUACCAAGAUUGAAACCGUCGAGGAGGAUGAUAAGCAACCAGAAACAACUGUCACUGUCGAAGAACUUCCAUUUGAGGAAGAAAAACCGGAAGAGAUUCAAGAGCUUCCAGAGGAAGUUCGCGUGGUUGAAACCAUUACCGAAGACGGCAAGCCAAAGAAGAAGAAGAUCCGCACUCGCGUAAUCAAGAAGGUUAAGGGUGACAAACAAGAAGUUACCAAAAUUGAAACCGUCGAGGAGGAUGAUAAGCAACCAGAAACAACUGUCACUGUCGAGGAACUUCCAUUUGAGGAAGAAAAACCGGAAGAGAUUCAAGAGCUUCCAGAGGAAGUUCGCGUGGUUGAAACCAUUACCGAAGACGGCAAGCCAAAGAAGAAGAAGAUCCGCACUCGCGUUAUCAAGAAGGUCAAGGGUGACAAACAAGAAGUUACCAAAAUUGAAACCGUCGAGGAGGAUGAUAAGCAACCAGAAACAACUGUCACUGUCGAAGAACUUCCAUUUGAGGAAGAAAAACCUGAAGAGAUUCAAGAGCUUCCAGAGGAAGUUCGCGUGGUUGAAACCAUUACCGAAGACGGCAAGCCAAAGAAGAAGAAGAUCCGCACUCGCGUUAUCAAGAAGGUCAAGGGUGACAAACAAGAAGUUACCAAGAUUGAAACCGUCGAGGAGGAUGAUAAGCAACCAGAAACAACUGUCACUGUCGAAGAACUUCCAUUUGAGGAAGAAAAACCUGAAGAGAUUCAAGAGCUUCCAGAGGAAGUUCGCGUGGUUGAAACCAUUACCGAAGACGGCAAGCCAAAGAAGAAGAAGAUCCGCACUCGCGUAAUCAAGAAGGUCAAGGGUGACAAACAAGAAGUUACCAAGAUUGAAACCGUCGAGGAGGAUGAUAAGCAACCAGAAACAACUGUCACUGUCGAAGAACUUCCAUUUGAGGAAGAAAAACCGGAAGAGAUUCAAGAGCUUCCAGAGGAAGUUCGCGUGGUUGAAACCAUUACCGAAGACGGCAAGCCAAGGAAGAAGAAGAUCCGCACUCGCGUUAUCAAGAAGGUCAAGGGUGACAAACAAGAAGUUACCAAAAUUGAAACCGUCGAGGAGGAUGAUAAGCAACCAGAAACAACUGUCACUGUCGAGGAACUUCCAUUUGAGAAAGAAAAACCUGAAGAGAUUCAAGAGCUUCCAGAGGAAGUUCGCGUGGUUGAAACCAUUACCGAAGACGGCAAGCCAAAGAAGAAGAAGAUCCGCACUCGCGUUAUCAAGAAGGUUAAGGGUGACAAACAAGAAGUUACCAAGAUAGAAACCGUGGAGGAGGACGAUAAGCAACCAGAAACAACUGUUACUGUCGAAGAACUUCCAUUUGAGGAAGAAAAACCUGAAGGGAUUCAAGAGCUUCCAGAGGAAGUUCGCGUGGUUGAAACUUUUACCGAAGACGGCAAGCCCAAGAAGAAGAAGAUCCGCACUCGCGUUAUCAAGAAGGUCAAGGGUGACAAAGAAGAAGUUACCAAGAUUGAAACCGUCGAGGAGGAUGAUAAGCAACCAGAAACAACUGUCACUGUCGAAGAACUUCCAUUUGAGGAAGAAAAACCUGAAGAGAUUCAAGAGCUUCCAGAGGAAGUUCGCGUGGUUGAAACCAUUACCGAAGACGGCAAGCCAAAGAAGAAGAAAAUCCGCACUCGAGUUAUCAAGAAGGUUAAGGGUGCCAAACAAGAGGUUACCAAAAUUGAAACCGUCGAGGAGGAUGAUAAGCAACCAGAAACAACUGUCACUGUCGAGGAACUUCCAUUUGAGGAAGAAAAACCUGAAGAGAUUCAAGAGCUUCCAGAGGAAGUUCGCGUGGUUGAAACCAUUACCGAAGACGGCAAGCCAAAGAAGAAGAAAAUCCGCACUCGCGUUAUCAAGAAGGUCAAGGGUGACAAACAAGAAGUUACCAAGAUUGAAACCGUCGAGGAGGAUGAUAAGCAACCAGAAACAACUGUCACUGUCGAAGAACUUCCAUUUGAGGAAGAAAAACCGGAAGAGAUUCAAGAGCUUCCAGAGGAAGUUCGCGUGGUUGAAACCAUUACCGAAGACGGCAAGCCAAAGAAGAAGAAGAUCCGCACUCGCGUAAUCAAGAAGGUCAAGGGUGACAAACAAGAAGUUACCAAGAUUGAAACCGUCGAGGAGGAUGAUAAGCAACCAGAAACAACUGUUACUGUCGAAGAACUUCCAUUUGAGGAAGAAAAACCGGAAGAGAUUCGAGAGCUUCCAGAGGAAGUUCGCGUGGUUGAAACCAUUACCGAAGACGGAAAGCCAAGGAAGAAGAAAAUCCGCACUCGCGUUAUCAAGAAGGUCAAGGGUGACAAACAAGAAGUUACCAAAAUUGAAACCGUCGAGGAGGAUGAUAAGCAACCAGAAACAACUGUCACUGUCGAGGAACUUCCAUUUGAGGAAGAAAAACCGGAAGAGAUUCAAGAGCUUCCAGAGGAAGUUCGCGUGGUUGAAACCAUUACCGAAGACGGCAAGCCAAGGAAGAAGAAAAUCCGCACUCGCGUUAUCAAGAAGGUCAAGGGUGACAAACAAGAAGUAACCAAAAUUGAAACCGUCGAGGAGGAUGAUAAGCAACCAGAAACAACUGUCACUGUCGAGGAACUUCCAUUUGAGAAAGAAAAACCUGAAGAGAUUCAAGAGCUUCCAGAGGAAGUUCGCGUGGUUGAAACCAUUACCGAAGACGGCAAGCCAAAGAAGAAGAAGAUCCGCACUCGCGUUAUCAAGAAGGUUAAGGGUGACAAACAAGAAGUUACCAAGAUAGAAACCGUGGAGGAGGACGAUAAGCAACCAGAAACAACUGUUACUGUCGAAGAACUUCCAUUUGAGGAAGAAAAACCUGAAGAGAUUCAAGAGCUUCCAGAGGAAGUUCGCGUGGUUGAAACUUUUACCGAAGACGGCAAGCCCAAGAAGAAGAAGAUCCGCACUCGCGUAAUCAAGAAGGUCAAAGGUGACAAACAAGAAGUUACCAAGAUUGAAACCGUCGAGGAGGAUGAUAAGCAACCAGAAACAACUGUCACUGUCGAAGAACUUCCAUUUGAGAAAGAAAAACCUGAAGAGAUUCAAGAGCUUCCAGAGGAAGUUCGCGUGGUUGAAACCAUUACCGAAGACGGCAAGCCCAAGAAGAAGAAGAUCCGCACUCGCGUAAUCAAGAAGGUCAAGGGUGACAAACAAGAAGUUACCAAGAUUGAAACCGUCGAGGAGGAUGAUAAGCAACCAGAAACAACUGUCACUGUCGAAGAACUUCCAUUUGAGGAAGAAAAACCUGAAGAGAUUCAGGAGCUUCCAGAGGAAGUACGCGUGGUUGAAACCAUUACCGAAGACGGAAAGCCAAAGAAGAAGAAGAUCCGCACUCGCGUUAUCAAGAAGGUCAAGGGUGACAAACAAGAAGUUACCAAGAUUGAAACCGUCGAGGAGGAUGAUAAGCAACCAGAAACAACUGUCACUGUCGAAGAACUUCCAUUUGAAGAAGAAAAACCGGAAGAGAUUCAAGAGCUUCCAGAGAAAGUUCGCGUGGUUGAAACCAUUACCGAAGACGGCAAGCCAAAGAAGAAGAAGAUCCGCAUUCGCGUUAUCAAGAAGGUUAAGGGUGACAAACAAGAAGUUACCAAAAUUGAAACCGUCGAGGAGGAUGAUAAGCAACCAGAAACAACUGUCACAGUCGAAGAACUUCCAUUUGAGGAAGAAAAACCUGAAGAGAUUCAAGAGCUUCCAGAGGAAGUUCGCGUGGUUGAAACCAUUACCGAAGACGGCAAGCCCAAGAAGAAGAAGAUCCGCACUCGCGUUAUCAAGAAGGUCAAGGGUGACAAAGAAGAAGUUACCAAGAUUGAAACCGUCGAGGAGGAUGAUAAGCAACCAGAAACAACUGUCACUGUCGAAGAACUUCCAUUUGAGGAAGAAAAACCUGAAGAGAUUCAUGAGCUUCCAGAGGAAGUUCGCGUGGUUGAAACCAUUACCGAAGACGGCAAGCCAAAGAAGAAGAAGAUCCGCACUCGCGUUAUCAAGAAGGUUAAGGGUGACAAACAAGAAGUUACCAAGAUUGAAACCGUCGAGGAGGAUGAUAAGCAACCAGAAACAACUGUCACUGUCGAAGAACUUCCAUUUGAGGAAGAAAAACCUGAAGAGAUUCAAGAGCUUCCAGAGGAGGUUCGCGUGGUUGAAACCAUUAGUGAAGACGGCAAGCCCAAGAAGAAGAAGAUCCGCACUCGCGUAAUCAAGAAGGUUAAGGGCGAUAAACAAGAAGUAACAAAGAUCGAAACCGUUGAGGAAGACGACAAGAAUCCGGAAACAACUGUUACUGUCGAAGAAUCAGAUUUAAGCACUUCUGGUGUAGGCAAAGUCAGGCUGAAGAAAAGAGUUGUUGUACAAAAACCUGAAAACGAAGUUACAGUAUUUGAGUUGCCUGAGCGAAAAUCGGUUAUACUUUCAGAAAAGGAAGAUGGUACUCCUACAAAAACUGUUAUUAAAACAAGAAUCAUCAAAAAGAUUCAAGGCCCGAACAUGGAAGUGACAAAGGUUCAAACCAUCGAGGAAUAUGAAAAGGCUCCACAAACUAAAGUAUGGGUUGAGAAGUAUGAGUUGCCAUUCCCGGAACUUCCCGAAGAGAAGGUUUCUGAAGUUGUCGUUAUGCCUGACGAAGUGCUUGAGUCUGAAACUUUUGAUGAAGAAGGACUUCCAAAGAGAAUUAAAACCAAGAAGCGUGUUAUUAAAAAGCCGGCACUUGGUAACACCGAAGAAGUUACUGAAAUUGGAAUUAUUGAACAAGACAAUACUGAGCCCAUUUAUUCAAUAUCGAUAAAAGACCAACCUUUAACAGAUUCGAAACCGGACGACAGUAAGCUAGUUGAGUUGCCUGAACAUGUGACAGAGUUAGAAGUGGUUUUACCUGACGGCACAAAAAAGAAAAAGACCGUUAAGUCCAGAGCUUUUAAGAAGAACAUCGACGAAGAUCUUGAUGAAGUAACAACUGUUCAUAUAAUAGAGGAGGAAAAUAAGAAGCCACUAACUACAGUAAAAAUAGAGGUUGUGCCUUCUGAUGAGACCUCUAUUAUGCCCAUACCCAUAGAGGAACUCCCUGAGGAAACUGUGUUCACCGAAGAAUUAGACGAAAAUAAAAAGCCAAAGAAAAAGACUACAAAAACGCGAACAUUUAAAAAACCAGGUCCAGAUGACGACGAAUAUUUCCAAAUUCAAACGAUUGAAGAAGAGGGCAAGGAACCCUACUCCCUUAUACGAGUUGUGAGCGAUGAAAAUAUUGCUGAUAUAAUAGAUAUUAGUAAACUUGAUGAUGAAAAGGUUUCCAAACACAAACAAAAGCCACACAAGCAGAGGGUGGAGAAAUCAAAGGCGGAUAACACAGAAUCGGAACACCCAGUUUACAUCACGACAUUUAAAUCUGUACAAAACGAAGAUGGAGAGACAACCAUACAAACUGAAAACAAACGAGUUUCUCAGGAGGAAGGCAUCGUUGUUGAGGAAGUCCUCAGCGAUUCAGAACUCAUUCCAGAAGACACAACACAAUCACACCUUGAAAUUAUUGAAGUCAGCGAGCCAACAGACCAAUACAACAAAGAGUACACAAUCACUGAACCUGAAGAGGCAAGCGCGGACACCAUUAAGAAACCGGCUAGAGACAAAAAACCAAAACAGAAAAAGACACUAAGAACUUCUAUUGAGGAAGUUGACGAGACUAUUAUUUAUGAAGAGGGUAUAGGGGAAAAGACUGACAAGACAGUUAAGAAACGAAAGCCAAAGAAGGUUGAAGGUAAGGUUGAGGAGGUUAACGCUGAUUUGAAAAAAUUUGAAACGAAUGAAAAGCCAAAGAAAAAGAAAGUGGUGAAAACGAAACGGGAUGAAAUGGACGAUUACAUUCAAUUCCUCAUUCACCAAGAAAUACCAAAAACUGUACUUCAAGGGUACAAACGUACGGAAAUGGAGCUUCCUCAAAGGGCUCGCCGUGACUCGUAUUUCAAACAACCCGCAAAACUCACUCCUAUGAAAAUCGAGAAAGUUGAGUUUAAAAAGCCUAAAAUGAUUGAAAUAAGUUCGGUGGUAGAGUUCCCACAAAUGCUUAAGCUUAAAGCUCCUAAGCAGCGCCCUCAGGAGGAGAAAAUUAAAAAGAACGAAGCACAUUUCAAGAACAAAAAAUUAAAGAGCUGGAUUAGGUUUAUACCAUAUGCACCAUACUGCUUUCCAUAUGUGGUAACCGAAUUGGAAACUAAUCGGGAAACUGGUGAAUUUUCACGCAAUGUUGAAGAAGCGGAAAAGAUUUUGAAAUUGCGCCCAAGAAAAUUCAAGCAUUCGAAACCCGAGAAGGCAGAACUUGAAGAAGCCGAUCUAGGCGAACUCGAAUCUGAAAACGCAGAACCAUCUGAUGAGGACCAAUCCAAGACAAAGUACAAACGCCCUAAAAAGUUGAAGGAAGAUAAUUUUGAAGAAUCUAGGAAACUAAAGCUUGGAAAAGGUAAAAUUCCCCAAAAUGUUGAGGCGGUGGAAGAGGUUCAUUUGAAGCCGGUUAGUCUAGUUAUCAAAGAGGAAGAAGUUGUCGUUAAGCCAGCUAAAACAGAAGAAGAGAAAGUAAUCAAACAAAAGAAGACCAAUAAGGCCAAGCCUGACGAAGGACUUCAGUUUGAACCGAUUGAAUUUGACGAUCUUGAAAGUACCUCUGAACUUCCAGAAGAGUCAGACACAUCUCUAGCUGAGGAAAAUCCUGCACAGCAAAAGUCCAAAUACAAGAGAAAAAAGAAGCCGACUCCUACGCCAGAGACGAAGCAGUUCGAAAUUACUCCAAAAGAACUUGGAGAAGCCCCAGAAGAUAACCUCAAAUUACGCAGGCGACAGGAAGAUAAACCUGAUCAUGAAACGGAUGGGGUUAAGCUCAAACCAUUUUACAAGUUCGAGGUGCUAGAAUUCGAGGCUGAAGAUGUCCCAGAGAUGUCUCCUGCCAGUGAAGAACUUGCUAAGAUACCAAAGAAAAAGCGAAAGCUUAAGCUUAAGACUGAACAAGAAGAAAACACCAUUGAAAUAAUUGAAAUUUCUCCCAAUAAUUCCGAUGACAAAAUCUAUGAAGUUACAGUCACAAGCUCUGAAAUUGUUCAAGAUGAUCAAAAACCAAACAAAAUACAUAAAAAGAAGAUCAAGCGAAUGAACAAAAAGGAGUUGGAUGAUUUUGUCACAGAGUUAAAAGAAGAGCCAGAUCAGAAUUUCUAUGAGACGAGCAUGCAAGAUUUUUAUGAGGUAAAACUGACCGAAUUGCCGUCAGAAGGGGAAAAACCUAAAAACCGAAGGAUUCGACAUGAAAAGGGAGAUGAAGUGGAAGUUUUGGAAAUAGUCGAAACGGUUGCCGCUCCCGGUGAAGAGCCCCUCUAUGAAGUUGUUGUAACUUCUACUGAAACGAAGGACGAAGAAGAUGGCACAGUACAAGCUGAAAAACCCAAAAAGAAAACAAGGAAAAUGAAAAAGAAUGAGCUUGAUGCCUAUAUUCAGCAACUUAUAAACGCCGAGAUUCCAAUAACAGAAUUGGAAAAAUAUGAGAAAAUUGAUGUCGAUGGCAAACCGAAAAAGCCCAAGAAGCAAAAGGCAAAGUUGGAAAAACCAAUUUCGGAUGAAGGCGAAACUCUUCUAUUUGGAGUCACAGAGCAUGAACCAACGGAAAAACCCAAAACUAAGAAACCAAAGUCAAAGAAAACUAUUAAGGUAGAAGAAUCGGUUAAAACCGAGCUAGUUCCUGAUUUUGAUGAGUUCCUUAUCAAAAAAAUUGACUCGGAUCGUACUCCAGUGCAAUAUACUGAACAAACAGAAGAAGAAAUCUUACCGACUUUAGAUGAAAUCCUAGAAGAAUUAGGUGAAAGCCUACCCGUAGUCGUCGUUGAGGAAGAUAUUGAGUCUGUUUCAUUAACCCCUGAAGUAAUUCAUUCAAGGGAUGAGAAAAUAGUAAAGAAACGCAAGGUCAAAACUAGAAAGGGCUCUAAACAAUAUGAAAUUGAAAUAAUUGAAACCGAUGCAAUAGGCGAUAAGCCAGAUGAAGGAAAGGUUAUUGUUAUAACUACUGAAAUUUCUGAAGAUACAACGGAUGGACCCGCUCUGCGUAAGCCCGAAGCACCAAAGCAAUCCGUCAAAAAGGUUAAAAAGGAGAAGCUUAAGGAGUACAUUGUCAAUAUAGUCGAGGAAGCUCCAAUAGAACACUUGACUCAUAUUUCUGAGGAUAUUAUAACUGCUCCUGCCACAAAAAGCACAGUGGAAGAAGAUACUUCUUCCUUUACAACUACAGUGGUAGAAGAAGAAACACUUAAAACUUUAGUACCCGAAAAAGAGAAACCUGAAGAUGUUGUGGUCGUGCCAGAGACAAAGAAAAAUAAAACUGGUAAGCAAAAGAAGGUUAAAAUAUCCGAAACAGAACCCUUUCCGGCUGCUGAAGAUUCGGAGAUAUCAGAAUUUACAACGAAGAUCUCCGAAUCUGAUGGUAUUCCCCAAACGAUUGAAUAUUCCAUGGAAGUAAAAGACAGUUUGCCCAAGUCCAAAAAGAAAACGGCGAAGAAACCGAAGCCGGAUUCUCUAGCUGAGCCUAUAUCCCAAUAUACGAUUCGUAUUGAGGAGCUGACUCCGGACACUGUUACGGAAAAAAUUACAAAUGAAGAAGGCAAGGAAGUUGAACGAGUCAUUAUUAAACGUAAACUAAAAAAGAAGGAGGGACCGAAAGAAUAUCUAAUGGAAGUGGUUGAAACAUAUGAAGAAAAUAGUCCUGAAGCAGAAAUUGUGAUCCAGACCACUGAAGUAACGCCAUCAAUUGACUCUAAGCCUCAAGAAGAACACAAGAUACAGAUUGUGAAGAAAAAGAAACCAAGGUCCGAAAGCUUGGACAAUUAUAUUUAUAAACUGGUAGAUCAAGAAGUGCACACAACAGAUCAUAAAGAAUAUGAAGCAACUGAAUUGGAGACAUCUCCCGAGGUAAAGAAGCCUAAGAAAAUCAAAAAACAUCACAAGAAAUACACCGAGAUCAUCGACGGCAUUCCGAUUACUGUGUACGAGGUAAAAGUACAAGAGUUCGAGUCUGAUCAAGAAGAUUUCAAGCCUGAAGAGGUCAUUUUAGAGGAAAUUGAUCGAGAAGAUACAGAGGAAGCUCCGAAGGAUCUAAAAAUAAAUGUCUAUGAGGAUAAGCCUAAGCCAAAAACGAAAAAAUCGGUUAAGGCAAUGAUCGUAGAUGAAGAGCAGCCGAAAUCUGUUAUUAAAGAUAUUUCGGAGGUUGUCGAAGUUAUGCAAGUUGCGGAAGAAGAUGGUUUACCAAAACAGGUUGAAAUUAAGAAAAAGAAGGUUUCGCGUAAGCAAGGACCGAAGGAACAAAUCUUUGAAAUCACCCAGACAAAAACUAGUGAUGAACCUUUAUCUGAGGUAACUAUUGUUGAGAUUACAGAGAAGCAACCUGAGGAAGGAGCACAAGAAGAAGAAGAGAAGAAACCAAUUAAAAAAUCAAAGAAAUUGAAACCUGAAGAUGUUAAGAAUUAUGUGAUCAAUGUUUUAGAAGAAAUCACUGAACCCAUUCGAUUUGAGAACCUUGAAGAGGACAAACCACUUCCAGUGCUUACAAAUAUUUCGGAGGUGGUAGAAGUUGUGCAAGUCACUAUACAAGAUGGCACACCAAAACAGGUUGAAACUAAGAUAAAAAAGGUUUCUCGCAAGCAAGGUCCGACGGAAAAAAUCUUUGAAAUCACCGAGACAAAAGCCAGCGAUGAACCUCUAACAGAAGUAAGAAUCGUUGAUAUUACAGACGAACAGCUUCAGGAAGUGGUUCCCGAAAUUGAAGAGAGGAAACCAAUUAAAAAAGCUAAGAAAUUGAAACCUGAAGAUGUUAAGAACUAUGUAAUAAACGUUUUAGAAGAGUUCACAGAACCCAUUCGAAUCGAGAAAAUUAAAGAGGAGGAGGACAAGCAACAGCCAAUUAUUACAGAAAUUUCAGAGAUUGUGGAAGUUGUGCAAGUUACUGAGGAUAAUGGUGUAACUAAGCAGGUUGAAGUUAAGAAGAAAAAGAUUUCUCGCAAACAAGGUCCAAAGGAGCAAAUCUUUGAAAUAACUGAGACAAAAUCUAGCGAUGAACCUUUAGCUGAAGUUAAAAUCGUUGAGGUUACUGAUGAACAGACUGAGGAAGACAGUCCCCUACAUAAGGAAAAAAAAUCAAUUAAAAAACCGAAAAAACUGAAGCCUGAAGAUGUCAAAAGCUAUGUAGUUAAUGUACUGGAAGAGUUCAACGAACCUCAAAGGAUUGAAGAAGCUGAGCAACCAGUCAUUACAGAAAUUGCAGAGUCCGUGGAAAUUGUACAAGUUUCUGAAAACGAUGGUGUAACCAAGCAGGUUGAAGUCAAGAAGAAGAAGGUUUCCCGCAAACAAGGUCCGAAACAACAAAUCUUUGAAAUAACCGAGACAAAAUCUAGCGAUGAACCUUUGGCUGAAGUUGAAAUCGUUGAGGUUAUAGAUGAACAGCCCAAAGAAGAAAUUUCUUUACCAAAGGAAAAGAAACCAAUUAAAAAACCGAAAAAACUUAUGCCUGAAAACGUCGAAAGCUAUGUAGUUAACGUUUUAGAGGAAUAUAGUGAGCCACAGCAGUUUGAAGGGAGGGAGUUCACCGAUAAAGAAGAACCAUAUGAGACAAAGAUUAUAUCCAAGAAGCCAAAGAAGUCGACCGAAAGUCCACUUGAAAAAACGAUCCAUAUUGAAGAAAUGGCUCCUGAAACUAUUAUAGAGAAUAUAGUAAACGAAAAGGGAGAGGAAGUAAAACAAGUUAAGACAACAAAGAAGCUUAAGAAAACGGAAGGUCCUAAGGAGUAUCUCAUUGAAAUAACGGAAACAUAUCAAGAAAACAAUCCAGAGGCCGACAUUGAAUUUACUACAACAGAGUUGCCUUCCGAGUACUCACCAGAUGUCGCAGAUGAUCAACCAGUUAAGGUGCUUCAAAAGGUGAAGAAGAAGAAGCCUGUUAAGGACGAUCUUGACAAAUACAUACAACAGUUAAUCGAACAGGAAAUCACUAAAACACCUCUAGAAGAAUACGAGCCGACAGAUAUGGAUGCCAAGCCUAAGCAACCCAAGAAAAAAGUUAAGACUCACCACAAAAAAACAAUUGAAGAUGUUGAUGGCCUUCCCGUUACCAUUCACGAGUUUGAUGUCGAAGAAAUCGUACCCGUCUCCGAGGAUCUGAAAAUACCAGAGAAUUCAUUAGAUAAAGUCGAGGAAGUUCUACAACAGCAAGAUGAUUCUUCAAAACACCUCGUAAACAUUUCUGAAGAAUUUGUUAAGUCAGAUCUGCCCAUCGAAACGACUCCUGAGCAAGAACAGGAAAUAAUUAAAAAGGAGAAACCACUGAAAAAGAAGAAGAUUGUUGAGAUUCCCGCUCCAUUGGAAGAAAUUAAACAGUCUGUCGAGGUCGUUGCGCAACCCACUGAGGAGGGAACUGUAAAAGAAGUAACUGUGAAGAAACGCAAGGUAUCGCGUAAAAAGGGUUCUAAGGAGCAUAUUUUCGAAAUUACAGAAACAACAAGUGAAGAUCAGCCUAUAGCUGAAGUUACUGUAGUUGAGUUGACCAGCGAUGUUGUCUUAGUUUCUGAAGAAAAGCCAAAACCUGAGAAGAAACCCGUUAAGAAGCCAAAACAAUUAAAGAAAGACGAAGUUGAGGAAUACAUCAUAAAUAUCAUUGAAGAAUUUAUACAACCGACUCCAUUCGACACACUUGAAACUGAAAUAGAAGAAGUUAUCAAGAAAAAGCCUAAAAAAUCACAGAAAUCUCCAAAAACUUACACAGUCACUGAAGAAGAACACACUGAUAGCAAGGUUCCCGAUGAUUUUGAGGAAGAUUUAGAGCAACCGAUUGAAUCCGUUCCUGAAGAGCUAGCAGAAGCAGUUGAAUACGGCAUUCGUGUCAAAGAAGAAACGGUGGUUGAUGAACAGACAAAACCUAAACCCAAAAAGAAAACCAAGUCUACCCCAGUUAAACAACCUGUUUUGGAGGAAAGCCAAGACUAUCUUGUUAAGGUAAAAUCCGAAGAAAACUUGAGGGAGGAGUCGAUUCCUGAGCACGAGGCAGUUGUGAUUGAAGAUGUAGAAGUUAAACCGUCGGAGGAACCGGCUUUCCAGGUAGAAGAAAUCGAAACCGAGGCAGUGGAAGAGGAAGUAAUCGACGACAAGGGCGAAACGGCUAAGCAAACUGUAACUAGACGAAAAAUCAAGAAACAGGUUGGUCCCAAGGAAGAAAUUAUCGAAAUUGUGGAAACCAAAACCGGAGAUACUCCAGAGUACGAAGUCAUUGUAACCACAGAAGAAGCUAAAACUGCUAGCGAAGAAGCUUCUCAGGAGGAAAAACCAAAGAAGGUUCGCAAAGUUAAAAAGGUUCCGAAAGAAGAUCUUCAUGACUAUAUUCAGAAGCUUAUUGAGCAGGGCAUACCGAAAACCGAACUGGAAAAAUACGAAAAGAUCGAUAUUGACGAACCUGUCAAAAUGAAGAAAAAGCCCACCAAAAAGCUCAAGCAAUCUGAGGAGAAGCCGGUAGAAGACACUGAAGAGCCGAUUGACAAUAAGCCUGUAGGGGAGAUUUCGAAAAUGUCUGAAGUUGAAAAGGACGAACCCAAGCUUACGUUUACCAUCAAGGAAUUCAUUCCAGAACAUUCUGAAGAAAAGCCUUUUGAAAUAGUUGUUUUCGAAGAAACGGUAGAAACCAAGCAGAUACCUGACGAAACGGGAACAGUAAAGGAAAAGGUGAUUAAGACUAAAAAGAUAAUGCAGAAAAAGGGUCCAGAAGAAAUAGUUCACGACAUAGUUGAAGUAACUGAUAAGGAUACAAACGAAUCUGAAAUAACUGUCACUACCACCACUCCGAAAGAAACGCCUGAUCAGGAGCAGCUUGUCGUUAAACAGAAACGCUCUAAGAAGAUUAAGAAAGAGGAAGUAGAAGAAUUCAUCAAAUCAGUAAAUGAGGAGGAGGUACCAAGGUCGAUUGAACCUGAGACCGAUGUGACUGUUAUCGAGGAAUCCAUUUCUAAACCAAUUUCUGAGAAGGAAAAGAAAAAGCCAAAGAAAGAAAAGCGGCAUUCCGUUGAGGAUCAAACGCCAAAGGACAAAGAAGUUUCUGUAAAGGAGACUGUUCCGGAAGAUUCUCCAGUUAGCGAUGAUCUCAUAACUGUCGAGGAAUCGACUCCAAGCAGAGAUGAACCCGAACAUAAAAUUACACAGGCUGAUGAGGCAAAGAAACCCGAAAAGAAGAAAACUCCAAAGGCUUCAAUUAAAAUUCAUGAAGGACAACCUGUAGCAGACGCGGUCGAAAAGACUUUCGAAGUUGAACAAAAGGAAUCUAAUAUAGAAAAACCAGAUGUUAAGGAAUUCACUGUUUCUACAAAGGAAGACGAGAAAAUUCAACUUAAGCCUGAAAAGAAGAAAACUGCUAAAAAAUUACCUGAAAAGGUAGACCAACCUUCUGAGGAUAAAUUUGAAAUUUCUGUUAAGGAAAGUGUUUUAGAACCUGAAGAAGAACAGCCGUUCACAGUUCAAGUGAUUGAAUGCGAAACAAAUGUUGAAGAAACUAAAGAUGACACGGGGGAAAUUCAUAAGAAGGUUACUACCAAACGCAAAUUAAAACGACCUGAUGGUGUGGGUGAAAUAGAGAUUAUUGAAGUUGUCAAGGAUGAUCAGCCUGAGUCGGAAAUAACAAUUGUGGAGUACGAACCAGAGCCCGUUAAGCAGGACGAAAAGCCCAAGGAACCCAAAAAGAAAACCAAAAAGGUUAAGAAGGAUGACAUACAUGACUACAUACAAAAACUAAUCGACAUGGAAACGCCCAAGACAGAGCUUGAAAAGUAUGAGAAAAUGGAAUUUGAGCCAUCAAUCAAAGACAAGCCAUUAGAUAAUCUGAUAGAUGUCGUGGACGAAUCACCUUCUCAACAGCCCAAGAAAGAAAAGAAAACCAAGACCAAAGGAGUCCCGAUAGAGGAAAGUCCUGCUCCGGAACAGUUAGCAGAGGUCAAAGUGAUCGAUGAAGAAGCUCCUAAACAACCUUCAACACCAGUUGAAAUUGAAGAAGUUCAACCUGUAGAGGCACAAACUCAAGAAAUUGUUUCUGAAAAAGGCAAGCCCGUACAGGAAAAGACCACCAAGCGAGUUUUGAAAAAGAAAGGACCUCAAGAAGAAACGACGUUCAAGAUCACAACUAUUGAAAGCGAGGACAACGAUUCAGUUACUGUUAUAGUUGAUGAAGAACCAGAGGUAGCUCCAGUACAGACCAUUGAAGAACAACCAGAACAGGCUGAAGAAAAACCUAAGCCAAAGCCUAAAAAAACAGUAAGGAAGGUUAAAAAGGACGAAUUAGACGAUUACGUAAAGAAAUUAAUUGAGGAAGAAAUUCCGAAGGUAGAGCUUGAAAAGUAUGAAAAGGUAGAAAUGCCAGAGAAAGUUGACAAACCAGCUUCUCCCGAAAUUGCUCCGGAAGAGGUAAAAUAUGAGACCACUGAACCAAUAACAACAGUGGAAGACUUAACCAAACCAAAGAAAACCAAGACUUCAAGGCAAAAGACAGUAGUCGCAGACGAACAAAUACCAGACGUACCGACAGAGACCAUUUUAGACACUACUGACACAGCAGAGAUCACACCAACCCAAAUUGCACAACCCGAGGACACAGCCACUGCACAAAUUACACCAAGCGCACAAGAAGAGAAACAUUCUCCAGAUGACACUAAAGAUACAAUUCAGAAAACAGUUAAACAUAAGAAAACAAAACCAGACACACAAAAAAGCGUUGAAACAAGUGAAAUACCAGAGGUUCAAAAAGACUAUCAAAUAAGCAUCAUUCACGAAGAGCCUGUCGAGGAGGAGCAACCACAAAAGAUUUUGGAAGUCCGAGUCAUCGAUGAAGUCGCCGAGGUUGAGGAAUCACAGCCCAUAGUGGAAGAAAUUGAAGAGGAGGGGGAACAGCCCGUCACAGAAGAAACUGCUGAGGAUGUCACCAAGCCAAAGACUAAAAAGAAAAAGGUUGUCAAAAAGAAGACAGAUGACCAUGACGAACUCAUCAGAAAGAUGUUGGAGCAGGAAAUCGAGAAGACGGAACUGGAGAAAUACGAGAAAAUUGAUUUCGAUGUUCCAAAAAAACUCAAACCCGAAUUCGCAACUCUUGAGCCAAUGAAAAUCGAACGCAAGGAACAGAAGCCGACAAAGGUAACAGUUGUGGACGCUACUGAUGUUCCCAAAACAGUGAAGCUUAAGCCCGGUAAACGUAAGGAAAAGCCAGUCGAGGAACAGACUGUUCAACUACCUAAGUUCAGACUUAAAGCCCGCAUGGUCAUGGUAGAAUAUCCUCCGGCUCCGCUUAUUCCGAAAAUCACAGAUAUCGGCGCCAUCAAAGAUAAUGGUGACCUAUCUCGUAACAUCGAAGAGGCUGAAGAAGUUCUCAAGUUCAAACCGCAUAAAACCAAAAAAAUUAAGAAAAUUAAGGAUGACCUUGAAAAGGUGGAGCUCGAAAAAUACGAAAAAUAUGUCAGUAGCGAAGAAGAACCUGAAGAAAAAGCACCGUAUAAGAAACCUGAAAAGGCGCCAAAGCCCGAAGAAAAACAAGAGGAAGUGAAGCUUAAGCUGGGCAAGGGUAAGAAGAAACCAAAAGAAGAAGAUGAGCCAGAAAAUGUAACUCUUAAAAAGAUUCCACAAAAGCCACAAGAAGUUGAGGAAGUGGUUGAAGUCAAAUCAAAACCGAAGGAAGUUGUUGUUGUUGAGGAACAACCAAAGCAGUCCAAGGAGGGAGAGUUUACUGUGGAGCCAUUCGAGCCCACUGAAGUUGAUCGUCCUGAAUAUAUUCACGAAGAGCUUGAGCCAAUCGAACACCCAGAAAAGCCUGAGAAGCCCAAGAAGCCCUCUAAGACUAAGUACAAGCCCAAAGAUAAGACAAAGCCUGAACCUGAAACAAUAAUUUCUGAGAUCGUUCCUGGAGUUCCAAAGAAAGAAGAGGAAAUACCUGAACUAGAAGUCAAGUUCCGAAUUCCCGAAAGAGAGGCUCCAGAAGAGACGGACUCAGAAAUUAAACUACGUCCUGUCCCUCAGACUCCUGAGACUGAAGAACCUGUCAAGCAAGCGCUGGUGAAGCCCAAGGCAGAGGAACCCCAGCCCGUAGAAACUCAGGUUAAGUCUGACGACGAGGAAAAGAAACCGAAGAAAUCAAAGGCAAAGAAGGUUCAGCCAAAAGAGGAAGAGAUCCCAGAGCAAAAGCCAGAAGAAUUUGUAAUAGCCGUAAACGAGGAAGAUGCUUUAGGGGAAAAACCCGUGGAAAUCGAAAAGCCAAAAGAAGUUAAGGUUAAACAAAAGAAACCCAAAGAAGCACCUGUAUCGGAAGUGGUAGUGGCCGAAGAAGUUCCGCAACACGAAGAAGUGCCUGAGGAAAUACCCGUGGAGUACAAGAUAACAACCACAGUUUUGGAACCAGAGGAGGCACCGAAGGAACAUCAAGUCAGAGUCAUUGAUUUCGAUGAGCGCAAAGAAACUACCGAGGAAAUAAUUGAAGAAAAGGUGGUGACGCGCAAGAAGAAACCAAAGCACCAGCAGCCGGAAGAGUUUGAGGUCACUCUAAAGGAGCCAAGGGAAGAGCAGGUGCAGCCCGAAGAAGUUUCGGUUGAACUCUCGCUGCCAGUUGAGCAACCCGAACAGAAGCCAGAAGAGUUUGAGGUUGAACUAAAACUUACUGAGCCUACCCCAGAGGAGCCGGUUGAACAAGAAAUCGCAGUCAAGGAAAAGACUAAAAAGAAACCUGUGAAAGAAGUCAAAGAGGAUAAGAUCAUAGUGGUGGAGGAAGAAGAAAAGGUCCAACCGGUUGAGGAGACACAUGUGGAGGUCGAAAAACAAGAAGAAAAGAAGAAGACAAAGAAGCCCAAAUCCUAUGAGUUCAAAAUUACAGAAACGGAUGCUGUGGAAGAGAAACCAGCUGAGGUUUUUGAAGAAAUUCCUGAGCAAAUUCCAGAGAUUGUACAAGAAAAGGUCGUCGAGAAGUUUGAUACUUAUGAAAUUUCGAUAAAGGAAACUGAGGCAGAAAAGGUGAUUGCAGUUGAGGAACAACCCGAGGAAGAUAUUCCUGAAGAGGUUGUUUUAAAGAAAAAGCCAAAGGAACCAGAGGCAGUUGAGGCCGAUUUUGUACUGACUGAACCAAAGGUUACAGAGGAAACGACCGUGGAAACUUCAAUCAAGCAGAAGAAGACCAAAAAGCCAAAGAAGACCGAAGAAGAAGCUCAAUUAGAAAUCAAGGUUGUCGAGACCGAAGCCCCUGUUCCCGAGGAGGUGAAUAUAGAAGCUUCCAAGACUGAGAUUGUGGAGGAAAGGGAAAUUGAUGUCGAAGAAAAGCCAGAUGAGCUCACGAUUCGCGUAGCCGAAACUGAGGCCAAGCCCGAAGAACCAAGUGAGGCGCAGUUUACAGUGAAAAAACGGAAACCUUCUGUUACUUUCGCAGACGAGCCAGCAACUGAAAUCAUUCUUAAGGAGAGUAAACCCGUUGAAGAAGUUACUGAGGAAGCCCUAAUCAAGACCAAGAAGCCCAAAAAGAAGGUAAAGGAUGUGGAGGCUGAAGAACUAAAGAUAAAGAUAACUGAGGAGAUUCCUCAGGACGUGCCAAUAAUUGAGGAAGUCGAGGAGGAAGAGGUGGUUACAGUAGUGAAAGAAGAAUUGCCGGUGGUUGAAGAAAAGACAUACAGAAUUGACGUUAAGGAGACAAUGCCGGAAAAGCCUGCCGAAGUGGUUAUCGAGGAAGAACCGGUUGUAGCUGAGCCAAUUGUGGAAGAACCGCAACCUGAAAUCUUCGAAGAACAUAAGGUUAGAGUCAUUGAGGAAACUCCCCGUGAGUUGGUCGAGGAAGUCAUCGAAGAAGAGGUCAAGGUUAUUCGCAAAAAGAAGCCUAAGCCAGAAGUUAAGGAGGAAUUAGAGGCGGAAGUAACUGUUUCUGCUUCAAAGCCUGUUGAAGAAGUGGAAGCAACUACCAGUAUUGCUGUUGUUCCAGAACAAUCGACCGAAGAGGAGGCCGCUGAUCUCAAGAUUACAAUCAUUGAAGAAGUAGCACCUCCACAAGAACUCGUCCAGGAGAUUGAAGAAAUUGAAAUUGUUGAAGAACCAGAAGCUCCACAAGAAAAACCAGAGGAUUUCAGCUUUGCCAUCAAAGAGGCUGAAAGGGAGCCAACCGUUGAAGAGUUGCCCGAAGAACAGGUGACGAUCCAGAAAAAGAAAAAGAAGGCUCCAGUAGCAGAGGUGGUCGAAGAACCCGAAGCUGAGUUCUCAAUUAAGCCGAAGCAGCCAGUACAAGAAGUUUCUGAGGAAGCCAAGAUUAAGAAGAAGCCCAAAAAGCCUGUGAGCGUAGAAGAGGCAGCUGCUGAACUUAAGGUUACUCUCACUGAAGAAGUUCCUGCAGAACCAGUGGUCGAAGAAGUCAUUGAGGAAAUCGAGGAAGUACCAAAAGAAAAGCCCACUGAGUACAAAAUUGGCGUCAAAGAGACUGAACCAGAAGCUCCUAAGGAAGAAGAAGUCCGCUUACCAAAAAAGAAACCAAUUGCUGCUCAGGUGGUCGAAGAGCCAGAGGCUGAAGUUACUUUGAAACCAAAGCCAAAGGUGGAAGAAGUUCAGGAAGAGGCAAAGAUAGUAAAGAAAAAGCCAAAGAAGCCUGUCGAAGAAGUUGCUGCCGAGGAGCUUACGGUUAAGGUUGAAGAAGAAGUUAUCCCAGAGCCGAUCGUUGAGGAAGAGAUUAUUGAAGAAGUCCAGAUUAAAAAGAAGCCCAAAAAGCCUGAGCCAGAGGACAUUGUCGAUGCUGCGGUUGUGAAACUAAAGAAGACAGAGCCUUUAGAAGAAGAAGUGGUGGCUGAAGUCACACUGAAGCCCAAGGCACCAAAGGAGGUGACCGAAGAGGAAUUCUCCGUGGAUGUCAAACUACCAAAGGAAAAAAACGUUACCGAGGAAACUUCCGACCAAACAGUACAACUUAAGAAGAAGAAACCGCAAAAACCGGUGGAAGAAGCUGCGGACGAGCUCAAGCUUCAGAAGACUGUAGUCGAAGAAAGACCGGUAGAAAUUGAAGAAGAAGAGAUCGUUGAAGAAGCAGUCGUUAUUCGCAGAAAACCCAAGAAACCCAUAGAGCCAACGGUUGAAGAUCUCGAAGAAACUGAGUUCAGUCUCUCCUUCAAAAAGCCCCACACUAUUAAUGAGGAUGUCGAGGAGGCUGCUACCGUGCUGAGAAAACGACCAGUCAAACCCACCACUCUGGACGAAGCUGCCGCUGAGCUUUCUAUCAAGCGGCAAGAAGAGGAAUUCGAAGAGGGCGAGGAUAUUGAAGAGUUUGUUGUCAGUCAGCGACCCAAGCCAAAGCCUCUGCAGAUCACAGAAGAAGAUGAAGAGGCCUACACGGUGAAGAAACUUAAGCGCCGAAAGCAGGUAGACAUUCCCGAAUACGCAGACGUUGAGAACGUCACAUUCCGAGCAAAAACUACCAAGACCAAGGAAGAUGUCGACCAGGAGUUUAACAUUGCGCUGGACUCGUAUGCAGAAGAGGAAAUUUCGAUGUCUGGAAAGGUUAAGCUUAAAAAGCCCAUCAAGAAAACCUUCUCUGAAGCAGCCGAUGAAGCCAGAAUAAGGAUCAUUCAGGACUAUGACGAUGGCGAAGAGCCCAUCAUCGAAGAAAUUCGAGACGAUGAGGAUACCAUCGAUGAAGUCGAGGAACCCGAAGAAUAUUUCGUUGAAGAAUUGCCACCAGAUGAAGUGGACUUCAAGCUAAAGCCUAAGAAACAGCAGAAGCCAGCCUACUCUGUUCAAGAUGAGGAGGAAGAACAGUUCCUGAUUGGUAUUCGACAUCCGAAACGCGAUUCGGUGACAUACGAUGAGGAUUCUCUCACCUUUAAAAAGAAGCGUAAAGUUGUCCAUCAACUUUUCAAUGAAGAUGGAGCUUCGCUAAAUAUAACCAGAGAAAUGAACAUUGAAGAAUCCGAAAAUGUCAACGUAAUGUAUUCGAUCUGCAAUUACAUUGCCGAUAACGACGAGGCUAUAAACCUUGUUGAGGGUGAGAAGGUAACUGUCGUUGGACGUCACAGCUCUGAGUGGUGGUAUGUCAAGAAGAGUAUCACAGAAGAGGAAGGCUGGGUUCCAGCUCAAUAUCUGAUGGAGCCCGAGGAAUAUGCGCAGUAUGUGCAAAACAAAUUGCACGAGAAAAUCGAUAAGCUGCCUGUGUUCGAACGUCCUGGACCGGAAGACAAGCCCGUUGCUCCCAGAUUCAUUGAGAAACUGCAGCCGAUUCAUACUCCUGACGGCUACACGGUACAGUUUGAGUGCAAGGUCGAGGGCAAUCCGCGACCACAGAUCGCCUGGUUCCGCGAAACUGCCAUUAUCAAGCCCUCACAGGACUUCCAAAUGUUCUACGAUGACGACAAUGUCGCCACAUUGAUCAUUCGUGAGGUGUUCCCCGAGGAUGCCGGUCAGUUCACAGUUGUGGCAAAGAAUGCAGCAGGAUUUACUUCCAGCACAACGGAACUGAUUGUGGAGAGUCCACUUUCUGAUCACGGCUCCGAUGCCACCGCCCUCUCACGCCGAAGCAUGUCGCGUGAAUCGUCGCUGGCUGAUAUUUUGGAGGGCAUUCCACCAACAUUCUCCAAAAAGCCAAAAGCUCAGUAUGUGGACGAAAAUACGAACGUGAUUCUUGAGUGCCGUCUGGUGGCCGUACCAGAACCGGAUAUUGUCUGGACCUUCAACGGCGUGGACAUUGACGAGGAGGAAAUCAAGAACGUUCGCAUCGUCACGGAAUCAGACAUGCAUAUGUAUUGCAGUGUGGUGCACAUCACCAAGGUAAAGAAAUCGCAGGAAGGCAUUUACGAGGUGAUAGCCACGAAUCGCGAGGGCGAGGCGCGUCUGCCCAUUACACUUAAGGUGCGUACCACUGACAAGGAGGCCCCGCAAAUUUUGGAACCCUUACGCAACAUGGUCAUACGCGAAGGCGAGAGUGUGGUACUUUCCACACAGAUUGUGGGUAAUCCACCACCUAAGGUAACCUGGUAUAAGGAUGGCAAGCCCGUUAAGAAUGCCAAGUCCGAUAAGGACUUGCAUUCCCUAACACUGAUCACACCAAAGAAGUCUGAGAAGGGUGAAUACACAGUCAAGGCUGUUAAUCCCUUGGGUAGUGUGGAGACUACUGCAAAUCUAACAAUUGAAGUACCCACAAGCGGUAACGCCGAACCACCACUCUUCGUGGAACGCUUCGAGGAACAAAAUGUGCCGCAAAAGGGCGAGAUUCAUUUGCCAGCCAAGGUUUCCGGAAAUCCCGUGCCCGAGGUCCAAUGGCUGUUUAACAACACUCCAUUGUUCCCCAGCGAACGCAUCCAGCAGGUUUAUGAUGGCGAAAAUAUUGAACUUAUCAUCAAGGAUGCCAAUCCAGAAACCGAUUCUGGUGACUACAAGUGCAUUGCCAGUAAUCCAAUUGGCAAAACUUCGCAUGGUGCCCGUGUGAUUGUCGAGGUCGAUGAAGUGACCUUCACUAAGAAAUUGAAGAAGACCAUCACCAUUGAAGAGGUACAAUCUCUAACCCUGGAAUGCGAGACCUCUCACGUGGUCACGACCAAAUGGUUCUUCAAUGGAAAGGAACUCAGCGGCAUGGAUCAUCGUGUUGUGGUUGAGGAUGGUAAAACGCAUAAGCUGGUGAUCAGAAAUACGAAUCUACGUGACUCUGGUACCUAUACAUGCAAGGUCAAAAAGCAAGAAACUCAAUCCACUGUCGAGGUUCUGCAGCGUAAGCCCGAUUUUAUAAAGGUGCUGGAGGACUACGAGGUAACCGAAAAGGACACCGCCAUUUUAGAUGUAGAACUUACUACCGAGUCCACUGAGGUUACCUGGUACAAGGAUGGCGAGAAGAUCACGCCAGAAAACAAAAACGUCGAGUUCAUCAAGGAUGGCAAAGCACGUCGCCUGGUUAUUCGCGAUACCACUAUCCAUGAUGAAGGUCAGUACACAUGCAAGAUCGAGGGUCAAGAGUGCAGUUGUGAGCUGGUCGUAAUCGAGCUGCCGCCAGAGAUUGUUGAGCCGCUAAAGGACGUUUCCGUGACCAAGGGUGAGAAUGCUAUUUUCGAGAUUGAACUCAGCAAGGGUGACGCCUUGGUCAAAUGGUUCAAGAAUGGCAAGGAGAUUGUGUUGGACGAGCGCGUUCAGCUGGCCAUCGAUGGCAAGAAGCAAUCGCUGCGCAUUGUCAAGGCCAAGCCCGAAGAUGUGGGCGAAUACUCCGUCCAGGUGGGCGCUAAGACGUCAAAGGGCAAGCUGACGGUAGAGGAGCCACUUGUUGACUUUGUAAUUCGCUUGCCGGAUGUAACUCUAGCCACCAAGACCACGGAUGCCGAGUUUACUGUGCAGCUCUCUCAGCCCGAUGUAGAGGUGACCUGGUGCAAGAAGGGCAAACCAAUUAAGCCCAACAAGAAGCACGAGGUCUUUGUCGAGGGCACUGUCAGACGACUGGUCAUCCACGAUGCCAGCGACGACGAUGCUGGUGAGAUCAGCUGCGUAGCCGAGAACGUCACCAACAGCACUAAGCUGUGCGUCGAGGAGCUCAAACUGCCACCCGUCAUUACCUCUGACAAGGAUCAGACCAUUAAGGUUAAGGAGAACGAUGAUGCCACCUUCACUGUCAAGUACACAGGCGUACCAACGCCCGAGGCCGUUUGGACCACGCGCAAGGUUGUCAUACCCAAGUCAAAGCGCACAAUCCCAGCCAUCGAUGAGCAGUCGGCCACGCUAACCAUCAAAAAGGUCGUCGACGAUGAUGAGGGAGAGUACACCGUCAAGCUCGUCAACCCGGUUGGCGAAGCGGAGGCAAGCCUACAUUUGGUCAUAAUGCGCAAACCGACGGCACCUGGCACUCCCCAACCUCUGGAGAUAAUGCACGACUCCAUUACGCUUUACUGGAAGGCGCCGGAGGACGAUGGCAAAUCAGAAAUAAUCGAGUACAUUUUGGAAUAUCACGAUGUUAAGGAAGAAAAAUGGACUGAAAUUAGAAAAAUCAAGGACACAACGUACACCAUUAGCAAGCUCAAGAUCGACACGGAAUACGUAUUCCGAUCGAUAGCUGUAAACGAUGUGGGACCUUCACCACCCUCGCCGCUGUCGCCACCCAUCCGUCUGGUGCCCAAGAUCGAGACCGAGGCACCCAGCGUGCGGGAACCACUGCAGGAUGUGGUCAGUGAAUUGGACAAGGAGGUGACCCUGUCCUGCGUGUUUGGCGGCAUUCCAGAGCCAAAGGUGACGUGGAAGAAGAACGGCCAGGUAUUCGAAUCGAGCAGCUUACGCUAUGAGAACCGUGUGGCCAAAUACAUUAUUGAAAAGACAAACAUUGAGACUGAAGCUACCUACACUUGCGUGGCGACGAAUGAGAAGGGCUCCGUGGAGACCUCGUGCCGCCUGAAACUGCAGCAAAAGCCGGUCCUCGAGGUGGAGGACAAGUAUUUGACUCAGAAACUGCGUACGGGUAGCACUCUCACCAUUCCAGCGGCGGUUCGCGGCUAUCCACAACCCACUGUGACUUGGCACAAGGAGACGGUUGAGCAGAAGACCACCAAGACGGUCACCAUCGAGACCACAGAGAUUACUUCAACCUAUACGGUUAAGAAGGUCACCCGCGAACAAUCCGGCAAGUACAAGGUUACGGCGACCAAUGAAUCCGGCUCUACGUAUGUGGAGUGCACGGUUCAAGUGAUCGACAAGCCCAGCAGACCUCAGUCCCUGGAGAUCAAGGAUAUAAAGAAGGACUCUAUCACCCUGGAGUGGACACCGCCCAUUGAUGAUGGCGGUCUGGAGAUUAACAAGUAUACGUUGGAGAAGUGCGACGUCCAGAACAAUGUCUGGAUGAAGGUCUCUGACUUUGACAAAGACAUCAAAUCGUAUGCGGUUCAAAAACUAUCUAUGAAUGCGCAAUACAUGUUCCGUGUGGUAGCCGCUAAUCCCAUUGGCGAGUCUGAGCCAACGGAAAGUGACCCUGUGACCAUAACUAAGAAAUUCGAAAAACCAUCGCCCCCACGUGGUCCAACCACUGUUUCGGGCAUGAACGAUACUUCCUUCAACUUGGCCUGGGAACCAUCGGAGAACGAUGGCGGCUCUAAGAUUUUAGAGUACAUUGUGGAGAUAAGGGAAGAGACUGAAACCACCUAUAGAUCGGUAGGCGUAACCCUAGGCACUGUCACCAACAUCCAUGUCGAAAAGGUGGUUAGAAACAAGGGCUACCUGUUCCGCAUCUAUGCGAGAAAUGAGGUUGGCACCAGCGAGUCGUUCGAGACCACGGAAAAGAUUGUUGUGGGCCGCAAGAUAACUAAUGAAAAUGAAGUUCUAGCGCCGCCGUCGCCACCUCAGAACCUAAGGGCACCGGAUGUCACCAGUCGAAGUGUCACUUUGGAUUGGGAGGUGCCUGCCCGCAAUGGUGGAUCAGAAAUCACAGGCUACUGCGUGGAGAAACGUUCCUCAACAUCUACCACCUGGACAAAGGUCAUUACACUGGACGCCCACCAGCUGCACUACACGAUUGACAACCUCAAGGAGAAGUGCGAGUACUGGUUCCGUGUGUCUGCGGAGAAUGAGGUUGGAUUAGGUGCACCAGCCGUCACCGAGAGCAUAUCGCUCAAGACACAUGCCACCGUACCCUCACCACCGACCGCUCCACUGGAGGCGCGCGUUCUUGCCGCCAAUGCCCACAUAUUCGAAUGGGGUAUACCCGAGUCAGAUGGAGGUGCGCCUCUGCUCGGCUACCACAUUGCUAUUAGGGACAUGAAGAAGACCAUGUGGAUCGAGGUGGGUCGUGUGCCAGCUGGCGUCCAGAAAUUCCAGAUCAGAGAUCUGCAGGAGAACCACGAGUACAUGAUUCGCAUAUUCGCGAAGAACGAGAUUGGUCUAAGUGAACCUCUGGAAUCGGAGGAGCCAUACAAGGUCAUGACUGCUGGUCAUGAGAGCCUGCCGGACGAGCCGCGAACGGAGAUGAGUUCGUGCAACACCUCCUCGUGGCUGCGUGACCACAACAUGGAUGCUGAUAUUCAUUCGUAUGCUCGCGGCAGGCUGCUUCAACGCGAUGAGUACUUCUUUAGGCUGUGGGCGGAUUUGCCCAAGAGCAAAAAGAAGAAGAGCUCCAAAUAGUCGGUAAAAACGACAACGAAAUAAGAAACACUUUAGUCGUAGGUUAAGCAUAUACUAUUUCAAUUGUAUUUUAUAUAAAACAAAAACAAAUGGGGUGUAACUCCCUGUUUGAUUUUCUAGCUUUUUGUACUUUAGUAGAGAUGACGAUGUAAGGAUGGUGUAAUGUUAAUCGCAUCCCAUUGUUAGCGAUGCCCACGACUCCCGAUCAAAGAGUGCGAGCGAAGAAUAAACUUAAUGCUCGGGUGCGUGGGCAUGGCUCGAUGUUCUGGAUGCCCAUUACAUCAUCCAAUUAAUGGACAUAAUUUUAGAUUUUUCAUUUGCAUAGAGUUCCUUUUUUUAUGGUUUUACAAUAUUGUUUUACUUUCGCCUUAUUUUUGUAAGCUGUGAUAAAUCUAUCAAAAUCGAAAGCGUCAAACGAAGCAACAAAAAAUGAAACAGAGAAUGAAAAUGCCACCAAGUGGCGGUCCAUCGGCAUCGGGCAAUGGGGGCCAACGAGCCGCAGCCCUCCAACGCCCAAAUACCAUCACAAUCCCAAUCCCAGCCAGCGUAACUCAAUAUCGUCUCUCGGGAGACAAAACAACAAAUGGUGCAAUUCGAUAUGAGUUAUUUCUGGGGAGUGUUGCGAGUCGCUGGCUGCCGUUGCCUUUGUCCUGGAUUCGCUCUGGUUGAAAUUUAUGGCAUAGGAAUAUGAGAGAGGUUAUACUCGUGUGUCUUUAAAGUUACCAGAAGUAAACAAAUAAAUAAAAUAAAUAAUAACAAUGAA